GUAGUCUUGAGUCAGAUUCUAAGACCAGUCAUAAAACGCAUCUUCAGCAGACUUUCUCCAGAAGACUCCGGCACUUUCCCAACAGCACUUGAAGGCAGCACCAGUGUUUAGUCAGGCACCAGCAGAGUCGCAGGCAGUGUGGCAGCUGGGAAUGUGAGCGUCUCAACGCAGACCGCUAUUUCAGGACUGGGAGCACACAGUAGCAAGGCUGGCAGGGGAGAAGAAAGGCUCUGCCCACCGCUAGACUGCAGCUCACAACACACUAGCUUCACUUGACGGGCGACCUUCGUGUUGACAGACCGCCUCAGAUGGUCAGCGGACGGUCGCUGGUGGCUCACUGCAGGGCUGCACGUUAGAGGGAACCUGCCGGAGGAGGACUGUGUUUGUGUCCCGCCGCCUGUCUCUGAACGUACGCCAAUUCCCUCACCUCCUUCCCGGUGAGUCCGGUUGAAAAUGCAGUGAAGUGUCCCCAGUGUAGUCAGGGUUGUGUUUAUGUGUCCGGUGUGAAAAGCUCGUUUAAAUGUUCAUUUUUCACCGCUACCAAGCCGCCGACGCCACCGACGAUGGACUGAAACCUGCGGCGGGGGCGCGCGACACACAACCUGCCGCGAUUUCCUGCGUGUAAAUAAAUAAAUGAUAGAGGAUACAAUGACCCUGCUGUCUCUGCUAGGUAGGAUCAUGCGUUAUUUUCUGCUCAGACCGGAGACCUUGUUCCUGCUGUGCAUCAGCCUGGCUCUGUGGAGUUACUUCUUCCACACGGACGAAGUGAAAACCAUCGUCAAGUCGAGCCGGGAUGCCGUCAAGAUGGUCAAGGGGAAAGUGGCGGAGAUGAUGCAGAAUGAACGCUUCGGCGGACUGGACGCCCUGGACGCACAGUUCUCCAAGACCUGGGAGUUCAAAAGCAACAACGUGGCCGUGUACUCCAUCCAAGGCCGGCGAGAGCACAUGGAGGACCGGUUCGAGGUGCUCACCGACCUCGUCAACAAGAGUCACCCAUCUAUAUUUGGGAUUUUUGACGGCCAUGGAGGGGAGGUGAGUGCGUGUAUCCACGUUUGGGGAUCUAUUGAGAAACACAACUUUGCAAAGUAUCAGUUUCUUCAUGGUGGGAGAAGUUGGAUGACAGCACAGCUACCUCAGGGUGAAAUGUAGUUUGGUUGCAAAAAACAAGUUGAAACAUAAAGUAGGUUACUUAUUAAAACUGACCAAAUGGAUGAUGUAUAAAUAACACAAAACGCAAAAUUACAGGGGAUUAACCACAACAAUAACCAGGGAAGUGCAACUUGUGUCUGCUUUUGUUUCUAAGUCCAUAAGUCUGCUUGUUCUCAUUCCCAAGAUGUUGAUUACCAAUGUUGUAGAAGCCCUCAGGCUAUUCCCAUAGUCUUUUUUGAGUGUUAAAAACCCACUCUUAGUGCACAUGCCUUCUAAAAUCAUAUAUCCGACCUCGUCAACAAGAGUCACCCAUCUCUAUUUUGGAUUUUUUACAGCCAUGGAGGGGAGGUGAGUGCAGUGUGUGUUAGAGAGGAAAGUGAGGGUGAGCACAUCCUUUUUGCUUCUGGUCCCCACUAUUGUGUAUCCAGGUUUGGGGAUCUAUUGAGAAACACAACUUUGCAAAGUAUCAGUUUCUUCAUGGUGGAAGAAGUUGGACUACAGCACAGCUACCUCAGGGUGAAAUGUAGAUUGGUUGCAAAAAUCAAAUGGAUGAUGUAUAAAUAACACAAAAACAUCAUUGCAAAAUUACAGGGGAUUAACCACAACAAUAACCAGGGAAGUGCAAUUGUUGCCUGUUUUUGUUUCCAAGUCCAUAAGUGGGCUUGUUCUCAUUCCCAAGACGUUGUUCACCAAUGUUGUAGAAGCCCUCAGCCUAUUCCUAUAGUCUCCUUUGAGUGGUUAAAACCCACUCUUAGUGCACAUGCCUUCUAAAAUCAUAUAUCCUCAGUCUCAAGACUUUCUUUACUGUCAUGGCCAUCAGCCUCUUAUUUCAACACACCAAGUACCUUUUAGCAUCUGCAUGAAACACACUUGGCUCUCAACCAAGCACAAUGUAAACCAGUCCAUUUCAAAGUGAUGUAGUAAAAAGACUAAUAAAACCCAUGCAUUAUGGUACCCACUAGCUCUAAAAUGUACUCUAAGUGCAUACACGUUGCACACAUGAACCAUGGUCCUUAGAAAAACCCUUGUUGAGAGAGGGAGCUCGUUCCCAUACAGAUUUCAACUUAAGUUAGGAUAAAUCGGUUUUCCUAACUUACCUCAAGAGCCCCUGGAUUAGAAUGACAUUCAUCAAGUAUAUGUGGAUAAAGCUGAGAAGUAACCAAGAGUUCUUGAGAGUGCGUAGGAGUCCAUAAAUCCUUGCUACAGUUCUGUACACACUUUCACCCACUCUUACUCUGUUUGCUUCCAAAUGGCAUGGCAACUCAGUCAUGUCUAUUUAUAGCUCAACAUCUUGCCAAAAAUAUCAGUACCUCAUGUUUUGUGCCGAAACAAAUUGUUGGGAAGCAGACAGCAAAUAGGCUCCACAGUCUAACAUGAUUAUUGCAUGAAGCAGUAGGAUGAACUCAAUUAGCUUCUUCUCAGCUCAAAACUGAGGGGAAAGCAUGACUGAAAGGGUCGUUAGAUCACUGAUGUGCCGGUUGCCGUCCAUCCCCAGUCCAUACUUUUUAGGCAGCUGAGGAAUCUCUUUUCUGUCCAUUGUCCUCCGACACCACGGCACAAGCAUUGCAAUGUAUUCAGGGCAGCAAGGGAGCAUCUUUACAAAGCAGCUCACAAUGAGAGCCUUGGAAGAGAUGACAGUAGAAGAGACAAAGAGCAUCUGAGAUGAUGCCACAGCUCUGCAAGGAUGAAAACGCUGACUUAUCAUGAAGUCACGGCUUUUCUUCAACACGGGCGCCGUUACUUGGCGCAAAAACAUGACCUCAGCUGACAGUACUGAUGCCACAGGGUAGAGAUAGAGUGAUUAAUCAGGCUGAUCAAUCGUAUUUUGAAAUAAUCUGCUUUGGCCGGUGCUUGCACUCACGAGGCCAAUUAAAAAAAUAAACACAUAAUGUUGCAGACGCUUCAAGCGGUCUAGUCAGUGUAGCUACUGUUGAGCAAUGUUAAUGUGUCCUCAAUUGAGAAUAUGUUUUUUCCAAUCCUGAAUGGCAGCAUACCAAAUCUAAAACAGUUACUGGUUAGUGUUGAGAAAGAAAUUCUGCCGUCAUAUGUGGAACAGUGUGUUUUAAUGCUGCUUCUGAUAUAAAUGUAAAUAAAUUCAUGCUUUGUUGUAGAUUUCCGUUUGAUUUAUUAGUCACAGAUCUUUUCAAAGCAUGUUUUUUGGUGAACUAUAUAAAUCAGAUGAUUGUAUGGGUGCAUAAUGACUGGUGUUAUCAUUUAAACAUUGUUGAAUUUGAUCAAAUAUUAAAUAAAACACCAACAGGUGAAACUGAGAUUAUAUUUUAGUCAUCAGCCAACCUGCUCUCUAAUUAUCAGCCGUCAAAACAAAAACUGGUAGUCCACUGUUACACAUAGAGAAGAAUACAGACUGUAAGUGAAAGGGUGUCUUUUUUUUCCUCUGUCUUUAAUCUUUUCCUCAUGCCGACUUUUACAUAAAACAUCAUACAUCAUUUUUGAUCAGCCCGCUCUGAGUAUUGAGAGACUUCAUGCUGUUUUGAGGCUGACAGGCAGCGACCGUCUUCACUCUGAGUUUGACUGCUGUGGUCUGAUUGAGGCUGAACGAUAACAUGCUAAAAAUAGGCAGGCAAAGGCAUAGAGGAUAGCUGUUCUUUUAGGGGAAAUUAAAUUUUAGGCUGCAGUGCUGACUGCUGCAGCUUUUGACCAAAAGUGGUCAUUGGAUUGUUUUUUUCCCUGCAGACUUUCUCCAUGCUUCGCUCCUCUGGAGUUCCUCUCAGGAGACGGUUGACCUAACCUGUUAGGCCGUGUACAGCUGACACACAUAUGGAUACAAGACAGGGAUAAAAACACAGAGAAUAGGGGAUAGAUGUAUGUACAUGUGACAGAAAAAGUAGCAAAUGAGUGGGAGAGCGUUAAUGGUGAGAUUGAGAGAAAGAGGAGAAGGCUUGGAUUUGCCAAUGUAGGCGAGAGGCUGUUUAUCACAGCAUGUCCAUAGGCAACAAUUUGGUCUGUUUUUAUACCCACGCCUUCUUUUGAAGUGUGAGAAAACAGUUGCCAGACAGCAGCGUUCAGGAACAACUUCCUCUCUUUAGCGAAUCUAGAUGUUUUUUCUGGCCACAGGGCAUGAAAUGAAGCAGAGGAAUUGCUGUGUGGCCCGAGGCGACACCAGGAAUACAGGCUGCCUCAGCUGGCUAGUUAACGAGGUGUCAGACGCUUUCAUUUCUUCCCACACACUCUGCUCAUCCAAAACACAUGCACAGUCAUUAAGGAAAUGUCAAGACUUGUUUUUGCGUUUAUUUAGCUCUUAAGAGUUGGCAUCGACAUCGACAAGCCUUUAAUAAUGUGUUUGCAAAACCUGUUAUUGGCAAUAGAUGCACACAUUUUCUCCCAGGUGUCUGUCAAAAAGGGGCGGAGAUUUAACAAAGAGAAGCGUAGGAACCAAUCACAAAAGGUUUGAUUCAUAGAUUAUUUUCUCAAGAAGCUAGAUUUAUUAAUUAUUCAGGUAGUAAAAUGUUAGAGAGUACUUUCCACAUCUUCUUUUAGCUCUGUUUUUCUCUCAGAAGGCUUCCUCUUUUCUGUCUUUGUUUUAACACCAUUCAUCGCUAAGUUAUUCUGAAAGCAGGCAGCAGUUGUUAUGAAAGAGCACAGGCUGUAGAUGACUGUGUCUAAAGCUAGAAAUCACAGCACCUGCUGUAAUCACUGUAUUAUUAGUACUUACCGGCAAAGCAAUCGUACUGGGAGAAUGAUCCACAAACACACUAAAUGAAUCAGAUUUGUUAGAUACUAUAAACAUAUUUCUACAUGUUUUCUUUCUGAAAUGAAAAGUUGAAAAUUGAAUCAAUCUUGCAUCUACCUUGGUGAUGUUGUUGGAGUAGUCAUGAGGCCGUCAGCUUAGCAUAAAGACUUAAAGUAGCACUCCUUGCUCCGUCCAAAGUUUCAUAAAUCUGCUUGUUCUUUGUCUUUAUUUAAUCCUUACGAAAACAGAAAUGUGACAAAAGCAACUUGUGGUUUUUCAGUGGAGCUCCAGGUUGUAACUAUUCCUUCACAGACAACAAUUCAGCACUGUGCGGCAUUUCCCUUUUCUGGCUACCUCAGAACUGCGAGGUCGACUCUCAAUGCAUGCACCCUUUGUUUACAAGAAGUAGUGAGAACAUGUGUGAACUCUUUUAGAAACCACACUUUGUUAUUUUUACCUGUCUUUCUGUGUCACUGUUAAACACAGAUGUCUGAACUUGCUUGCAACCCUGCUGGUUAGUUUGUCUAUCCAAUUUCCAAUCUGCCAAACUGUACUAAUGUCAUAUUUGGAUUCUGCAUAAUGUAAGCGCUGCAUGCUGGAAUGCUGGUUCUCAAUUACACCAAACUUUUCUAAUGCCUUACCCUAACCGAUCAGUUUAUGACCAGCUAUCGUGCUAAACGGCAUCCGGAAAUUUCCCCUUUUGCUUCUCUAUCUCUUCGCACCACACACCCUCUCACACACAGCAGCCCAAAUUCAAUUUCCAAAGUGUAAAAAAUCUGUGUUUAAUGUGUAUAUAUCCAUGGGCAGUCUCCGUCACAUUAAAUGUUGGCUCAGGGAGGGGUUUAUCUGUUAAAUGGAGAUAGAUUUCCAGCUGACAUAUGGGAAUAACCUGCAUGAAAGUGAUAACCCAGGGCUCUCCAUCUAUAUAACUGCAACAUGAGCCAUUUGUUCCUUACCGACAUGGAGAGAGUCAGCCGCACUCUGCUCCUCCCUGCCUCACUGUCAGGUUGUGGCUGCGGGCGCAGCAGAAUCACCUCAGCUAUAGAGUACAGAGAACACUACAAGGCUGUCUAACGUGAGCUUAAAGGCUGCUUUUUUGUCAGUCUGUUUUUAUCAUUGUUCUAUCACAGCUCUCUUUCAUGCUCUCUCUCAAUCAGGGGCGUUUGUUUGUAAGUGAGCUUUGGUAGAUAAAUCUGCAAAAGAGGCGAUGGCAGAGUGCAGGCCAGUAGAGAAGAAAGAGCGCUCCAAGUACAAAAACAAUGACCAUUUUUAAAGCGAUCCUCUUUUUAUUAGAGCUUGACUGUAGUUUCACUUUGUGUCAUUUUUAGGUUAGCCCCAGCUUCAUCUCUUGUAUUUCAAAGCAGACGGGACUUUUGAGAGCAGCUAAAGCAGCGCUACAGCAUAGAUCACUGUCCUCAGCUCACUGUGAAGUAUACCUGAUAGCCAGAGAGACUGCAAUUUGAAUAUGUGGUGCUUCAGUGUGCUCAUGUUCAUGUUUGUGCAUUACUCACAGAGCAUGGGGUGAGUUACAUAGUUAAGAUACUAAGCAGCUUGAAUUCCUUCCUGAGUCUGCUCUCCCUAGAGAGAUGAAAGAAAGAGCUGGUACGUGACUAAUUGCUCUGUUGGCAUUACAGGAUUAGACAGAGAGAGCAAAUGAAGAGAGGGUGUGUGUGCAUGUGAGCGUGUAUGUGUGUGUGUGUGUGUGUGUGUGUGUGUGUGUGUGUGUGUGUGUGUGUGUGUGAAAAGGGCAGCAGUAGGAAUGUGUGUGUAUGAAUAUUUAUGUGUGUUGCAAGCCCUCACACAAAGGUACACUACUUCUUUUUUAUUGAAAUUGAGGAGAUCGAGUAAGGGGGGGGGUCCGCUGUUAUCUGGACUUCCAGGGAGAGACGACGUCACUAUGAGGGACCAGAAGGCCAAAGGCCUAUCAGGACCAGACACCUGCUUCACACUAUUUCACAUGACAUCAGUGCCUUCAGCUAGUUUGUGUGACCUAAUGGGAAAUGAAUUACAAACUGUAUUUUAUAAUGACUGAUGAUUCAUGUGGCUACUUGGCAUCCAAAUAUACAGUUUACUGCCACAACAAGGAAGAGCCUUUUCUGCAAACACCACACAUACAGGGGCGCGUCCAGACAAUUCUGACUGGGGUGGCCCAACUGGGGUACUUGCAUGGGCAGGGGUGACAAAUGAAAAGCACUUUCCUUCUCUAUCUUUACUUUUUACUUUGACAACUAACAUAGCUUGGUACUGUAGGGUGGCCAACCAGAUGUGAAGGAGGCCAGAGCUCGUAGUAGUAAGAGGUGAACGUAAACCAGCUAACAAGAAGGUAAGGUAAGGUAAGGUAGGGUAGACUUUAUUGAUCCCACAUAGCAGGGCUUGACAGUGCAACCAUUUCACUCGCAUUUGUGACUCAAAAUAGAUGUGUGCGAAUUGUAAAAUGUAUUUAGGGGCACAUAAAAAAAAAUUAGCCAAGGCAACAAAUUUUUUUUCAUGUAAAUACCGCUGUGAAGUUAGUUUAGAGUUGGAUAUUCAACGGACAUUCACUGCGGAUCUACCGGUGUCUUCUCACUCUUCAUAACUGGGAAUAGCAACAGCAAUGCGGUUAAAACUACUCGGCACCCUCACUGUCAAUGUAGGGUGUUAAAUAAGGGACCGUCAAUAAAUAACUGGUUGAUGUUCUCAGAAAAGGCGGUUUUCCUUCAAUAGCUUCCAUGUCAUGUGACCAAAAGACCUGAAGUUGAUUUCAAAUAGUACUACUUAUGUCGACCAAUAAGACACACAUUAUUUGAUCAAUUUUCAUUGUGCCCCCUAAAGUUCUUUGUGUGCUCCUUACUUUUUCAACUCAGGAGUUAGUGUCAAGCCCUACAUAGGGGAAACUAAUUCACCACCAGGACAAGAAGACUCAUACAGACAACAAACAGCAUGGAGACAUCAGAAAAACAUAAAAUCAACACCAGAUACACAACAAAUACAGUAAAGGCUAAUGAAACAUGAUUUAAAAAGGUUCUCUCUAUUAACUAUACUAUACAUAGAAAUAAAGAAAAUCAAAGCAAUAAUGUCUUAGAACUGCUGCUUACAACUAUCCUGAGACUUCACGUCAAUACCAACUCCUUAAGUUGCGGUAAAGAAUGGCCAGCAGCACAGGAACUUUGACAUGAGCGUCCCUGCAGAAUGCUACACUGAAUAGGGCGACUGUCCUUUCACCACCAGGCUCAGGAUGGAGCUCUGACAGUUGAGCUUGAGUCAUUCAGUCGACUGAAGAGUCCUUAAUUAGAGCUGAUUCUUGUGGUGGUGCCAGCAGUUGAUUCUGACUCACCAGGCAAAAAAGGACAACAAUAACAAUCUGUUAAAUCAUUCGUUCCAGAGUCAUCUUCUUGCACCCGCUUCUGUCACUUGUGGCAAAAGCUGGGCUCUGCUUUCUACCUCUGCCUUGAUGUAAAGUAAAGUGGAUUGUCAAAACACACGGGGGGUCAUGUUCUGCUGGAAAAUACUCGUACAGCAGAGAGCUGAAGGAUUCUGCUGAAGUCUUCUGACCUUUUGGUAAUUUGUACCCCGGCGGUGUGGUUUGUUUUCCUCGCAGCAAGAGGACUGACAGGGAGCAACCGAGGAGUCGAGUCAGGGAGUUAUACACACCAGAAAAAUGGAUGAAUGGGGCUGUUGACUGUCAGAUGUUUAGCCCUGGAGUAGAAACUGUAAUCUUUUUUUUUUUUUAAUGAAUAAUGAGGCUCCUUCAAAAAUCAACACAUUUUAGGAAUAUUUGGGUCCAUGCAAACAAUGCACUCUCCUCUGUGUGUGUAUGUUUGUGUCCAUUUGACAGGUGUUUGUAUGUGUUUGCCAACAGCAUGUAGCACCAGAUAAGAGAGUGUUCUUCAGCCUCAGUAUGGAGUCCUUCCUCUCUGGCAGUGACUGCUCAAUAAUUUAACACCCGCUCUGUCAAACACCUCUCCCCAAACUCCAUGACUAAAUAUACACACACCUCCAAAGAAGAAGGAAGCCAUGGGGUCAUUGUUCUCGCACACAUCACACUACAUCACAUAGUGUUCAGUUGUUGCUUUUUUCGCAGAGAGGUCUUGUGAGAAAAGUCGGAACUUUGUGGUUUCUAGGUUUUACUUUGCGCUCCUGUAUGUGUCCAGCUCGCUCCCAGUAAGGCGACUUUGGUUUGGUAAUGGAGCUGUUGUGUGAAGCUGCCAAUCCCCCCUUCCCUGUGCCACCCUCCCAUCCCCCUAUUUUCCCUUUUCACCUGUUCCCCCCUCCUCCUCUCUCUGACAGAGGGUUGGCAGUGAAUGAAUGUGCCACAAAAACUCCAUCUCCAAGGCCAUGUCAACCUGCCAUCCCCUCAUUAUAGCAUCUCUCCCCCCCCCCCGGCCCCCAGUGUGCCCACACUUACUGCUCGGCUACUUGCCACUUCAAGUCGCUCAGUGUCCAUGCAUGCACUAACACUCUCCCCCAUGUGAUGUGUUAGCUAUUUUAAAUGCCAAGCAUGCUGAUUGUGUUGGAAGUGUAGGUUUAAAAUCCAAUUGUAGAGGUUGCAAAGCCAGCCAGGCUCUGAAUGUAUAAUGCUCGCCUCCAGCACUGCUAUAUUUGUCCGUGGCAGUGCCAUUAGAUUGCACAGCCUUACAGGAUGUUUGUUUGUUUUGGUGUGUAGCUGAUUAGUAGGGCCCCAAAUCUAAUCACAUGGCUGGAAUUGACUGGUCUUAUUUACACUUUGUUUUGCUGAUUGAAAGCCGUUAUAUAAAAUGCUGGAAUAAAAGAAUGUUGUUUUUCCCGUUGAGCAUCAUCUACAAUUUAAAUCCGACCAUAGGACCCUGAGUCUGCAUGCCAGCCAGCGCCAGCUCCACGACUGUUUGUUUGUCUGUUCGGAUUGAGGAAAUAGAUGAGUCCAGUUUGGACUUUGCCUUCCUGUCUUGGCAGUGAGGCAGAGUGGCAGAAGAAUGUUGGCUGAGAGACGCUAGUACGUCGCAGCUGUUUGGAGUUAGUGACAUUGGUGGGAUUGUGCGCAAAGAAACCCGGGCUGUGAUUCUAGCAGCGGUCAGAGUUUUGACUCUUCCUCUCUUCACACUGGCCAGAUGGGCCUGUGGUCAGGGCAGGUGCAUCCCGGUCCUCCUGGUUGUGUUCGCAGUCCUAACUCUGCUCGCGCCCUCAUUUUUGCGGUGUAGAAGUUAAUCGUUUUUAUCAUGCAGAAUGGCGCUGCACUGAUGCAUGAUAUCCAGUUGAUAAAAGUCAUUGACAAGAUAAAAAUAAUUGAAUUGUGAGGACAGUGAAGAUGCUUAGCUCUGCCUCAUUUGAUCUUUGUUUAAAAUAAAUCUUGACUAUUUUCUUUGAAUCCAGGAAUAUCAUCCCUCCGCACAUGUUUGCAUGUAUGUUGGUAGAGCGGGUCUGCUGCACACAUGUGCUGCACAGACAUCACUCCAUCCAGACAGGGGGAAUGCAGAUAUUAUGAAUGCUCAAAAUUUUCACAUGGUUUCCAUUCUCUGCAAGAUGCGAUCUUUCAGAAACGCUCCUCAGCAAGCCAACUCUGAGCCAGGUUGUCUUUAAUUUACGCUGUAACGAAGGCUCACGGGUUAGGAGUACAGAUCUCCCUCCAAAGGAUGUCAUUAACUUGUGCUUGUGAUUAAAAUCGGGAGGAAAAGGGUCGUCACUGAGCACAAAUGUGUUUGUGUGGGUUUGUGUGUGUGUUCCACAGGCUUUCAGGGGCCGAGUAUGUGUGAUUGUUUGUAUAGCCGUGUCUUGCUGGAAGUGUGCCACACACUGUUGAUUGUGGCCCUCAGAGGUUUAUGACCCUUAAAGGUUUUUUUUUCCACCGUGUUGUUUUCCUCCAAGGUCCCACUUUUUCAAUGCCCUCAUUGAAGACGGUGCAGCAGGGGCAGUGUAGCACUGGUUAGACAGUCUAAUGAACCAUCUGCUGCACAAGGGUUAGAUAAAGUUCUUAGCCCUCAGGCAAAAAACAGAUGAUGUUUAAGAGACGAGACAAAAGGGACAAGAGGUGGAGAAGCAGAUUGAGGGUCAAACAGAUUGAAGCCCACAUGUUCACCGGAGUAACCUUCCAAUGGGAUUUAAUAGUAAUGCCACUCUGAUUUCUUACAGCCUGUUUGUAUUAAGUCAGCAGUGACUAAAGGCCACAAUAAGCAAUUAUGAGCAUUAACUAUGAACAUCCUCAUCAGAGAUCGGCUCUCCACUGGCACAUAUGGCUCAAAAUUUGUAGCCUGUGGUGAUGUCUUAUGGCCUCAUCCCAAAAGUUAGGAAUAGGUUGCAUUGUGACAGUAUAGCCAACAACUAGAGCUGUAGGCCUGGGGUAGUGGUGGCUGACUGUGCCAAUGCUUAGACGCAGCAAAAUGGAAAGGAGAAAGAGAAGAAUGACAUGCUGCCAAGAUCUGCAGGUCAGGAUUGAACCUGGUAACAAUUCUUGCAGUAAAUAAAUCCACAAUAUUGAGACUUGGGCUGCAUCCAUUUCCAUUAUUUAUUUAUCAACCAGCUCUUUUCUUCAAUUUUCUUAGAAAAGUAAUACAAAUAUCUCUAUUCAUCCAAGUUUAAGUCUGUUAAACAUGUACUUUGUUUGAUUUACAGUCCAUUUCCCCUCUAAAACAACCAGGUUUUAAUACUGGAGAUAAGCCUCUGAGACUUGCAGAAGCAUGAAGUUGGAGAGACCAAAUCAAUCAAUAAAUCGUAUAUCAUUAACUCAUAAGUCAACUCCUAAUUUUUUCAGCUCUUAUGGAAACAGCUCACUGUCUCGGCUUCCUCAAUCCAUAAUUUUCCACACAGCCAUGAUGGCAGGUUUUUCACAUCCAAGCUGGAUAAUGGAAAAAUAUAAAUUUGACUGUGGGGAUGUGCUGCUGCAGAGACUGAUACCCAUUAGCACAGCAGAUAUACACAAUCUAUCAUAUUGAGUGUGUUGGUAAUUGAGUCCCAGUCAUAACAGCUCCGUCGCAUGUGUGUGUAUGUGUGUGUGUGUGUGUCUGGUGUGUGUUUGUGUGUGUGUGAGGUUCAUGAGCUGGUGAUGACUCUGAGUGGAUGGGAAGUUUAGAGGCAGGUAAGCAGGGUUGGUAAUUGAUUAGUGUGGUGCAGAGGAAGCUUACGGUGAUGUGAGCUAAUGCUAACAGCUCAAGGCUCUUAGGCUCCCCGCUCUCUUCCUGAGAGCGUCUCUAAGCUCAGGCUAAAAGGAGUUGAAGAGACAGCGGGGCAGAUUAGAUUUACACUAAUCCCACUGGGGAGAUUGGGACUAUACGUUCUCUCCAUGGAUUCACUUUAUUUUUUUUCCAUCAUCCCACUCCCACUCUUCUGACUAUGUACUUCCCCAAUUAAUUCCCUUUUCCCUCCCUGCUGAACUUUUGGAUAUUUUUAGAUCCUCCUACUCCUUUUAGCGUACACAUAGUACCUGUAUGUGUUUGUUAUCCUCAGAAGUCUGUAUGUUGUCCUUUCCCUGACUCGAUUUAAUGAGCUUAUGCAGUAGCUGAAGCUGGCAGCUUUACCUACUGCUGCUAAAAAGAAGAGAGACGCUUCAUUUAGGGUGAGAGGAGAGAGAAAAUGAUGGUAAGUGUCUGUUGUUGGUCAAGAAAGAGAGAGGGAUAAGGGAGAAGAUGCAGAUGCAAAAGAAAGCGCUUAAAGCUGAUGUUCGGAGGUGAAGAAAAGGCAGUGACUUAUCUAGAAGAUUUACAGCCUGUACAGUGCGGCAGAAAUGCACCACAUUAGUUUAAAAUUCAAGCUUCAAGAGUCAGUGCACAGCAAAUGACCUCACAGAUGGAGGCUAACUGUACAUCAGGCUGUGAGAUAGAUCGUGCAUGAAGUGCCAGUGGAGUUUUUCAUCUUUUGAUCUUAAACCUGUCAGGCUGGAGGCCGCAGCACCACAGGGUCAGUUCCUCCCUCAAGAAAAAGGCUUGACAUACUUUUCCACCUCUUCUCCUGUUUUUCAUCUUCUCCCUCACACUUUCUCGCCGUCUCCGUUGACCUUUUCGCACAGUAACCGUCUGUGUUUGCUCUCCCUCCCGCCUACCUCUUCAUCUACUCCUCCCCUCUUUCCUUCCACCCUUACCUACUUAUCUCUCCCCUGCUUCUGAUCCUCUUCUGAUCUCCUUUGUCCCCAGAAAUCAAAAUCUGUCAUUCAACCUGAGUGUUUCCAGGUCAGUAAAUGUCCAGGGACUGCAACCGGAGAUGUAUGAUUGUUUUGUGUGCGUGUGUGUGUGAUUGUGUGCGUAUGUGUGUGUAUGUAAGGAAACAUUUUGAAAAUCUGACCCACAUCUCCGACUGUUCAUAAGAUAAUAGAGUUUUUAUAGCUUACUAGAGACGGUCUUUUUUCCUCUAUUGUGAGAGUUGUUUGGAUUUUGUCUUAUAGAGUAAAGAAAUCUCCUCUUUUGUCUCCUUUUCUUCAUGUCUUCUUUGACCUUUACCUUAUAUAUCUCUCCACCUUCCUAUAUCCAGUUCCCCUUUCUCCUCUUCUCCCUCUUGUCUUUAUCCUCCUCCUCCCACCUCCUCACCCCUAUCCGCAGAGUCACCUUAUCUCUCUGCAGUCUGUCUGACUUAUUUAUCACUGCUCUGAAAUAUUAAAGAGUCUACUGCCUCUGGUCCUAAGGGAAGUCCACAACUUUUACCAACAGCACACACCCAUGUGCAAACAUGGAGCACACACACAGGCAACGGAAACUUUCAAAUCUUCUGUAGAUGGCACACUAAACUAUGUUUAAGUCUUGACUGCUCUCUUUUACUUUGCAACCCUGUCUUAUCAAGUUAGUGUGUGUUACAAAACAAGAGUCUUGAACUACGGCCCCUGAUCCCAAAAAUGUUUGGAAACUGCAUAAGAUUGUUAAAAAAACAAUUUUGAUGCCAAGUAAAUCAUUUAAACCCUUUAUUUAAAAUUAAUUCAGUUGUUUCAUGGUGUGUUAAAUGUUUUCAGUGGGUGACAAGUAGAGACUACAGGCAGACCAGUUUAGCUCCCAGACUCACCCACAACUGAGCUACGUGUUCAACAAAAGCAAAAGGGGGACCUACGCGCAGAGUGCAUAAGUUUUAUUAAACAAAAAAAACAAAAAAGUUCAUUUUUUCCAACAGAUCAUACAAGUUAAGAAAAACUAAAAACACUAGAAACUCAAAAGAAAUCAAACACUGGGGCACUGAACAAACAAAGACAUGAGGUAGAGUUGAUGAUCUAACACAGAGGAAAGGCAAAACAGAAAGUAAAUACGAGGAACAAAGAGUGAGGGACAGGUAAGACUAAAACACACAGGUGUGGAUAAUCACAAUGGAGGGAAAAGAACAGGAAGUAAAACUGGACCAGACACACAUGGAGAAAGAAUUAGUAAAUAAAACAGGAAACACUGAAAUUUUCAGAAUAAAGCAGGACCACAGGAGUAACUUCAAACAGAGAAAAAUAACUCAGAAAACACUGAACAAAGAAAACACUAAAACAACAAGGUCACCACAUGACACCGUGUUGUUAUAAUACAUGCAGAUUGUGACUAAUUAGGAUUACCUCCAGUCAAGUCGGUUUAUUGCUCCCGGGCACAGCCUGAGUAUAAACAAUUAGCUCAAAGUUGAAAAUAAAAACUUUUCUGCACAGUGCAAAAUAAAGCACAAACUUCUUGUUUUUAGAAACCUCCAUUUCACUGAUGUUAUAUUACAAAGCUUAUAGACUUAAAGAAGCUGCAUUAAAAAUAUAGAUUAAAAUGUGGACGCAGUCUCUGUGGUGUCAUCCACUGGUGUCUGAAGUGUCAUUAUGAAGCCAAACAUAUGGCCAUGUUGGAAAUGCUGUCUUGACCUCACUUUAGCUGAGCCUUCAGCCUCCUGUCGUCAGCUAUAAUCCGCCUGCCUGCCUCAUUAAUUAUGGUGCCAAAUUGAGCAAAACUCCAGUGUUCAGAUUCAGUCGUAGUUCUCCUUUUCAGAUUUCAAUCCCCAUAAAGUCUAAAAACACUCUUAUGUUAGACAAUCAAUCGUUCAACUAAAUCUUUAAAUGAUCCAGUAUGAAGCACUCAUAACUGAUGUCUGAUGUAUUAGGGUGAUGUUGUAUCUAUGUUGUCUUUACAACCAGUUUGUGUGUUGAUGCUGUUAAUGUUUUGUGUUUUUUACCCGUCUGCAAAGCAAAUUUCUCUCACGGGACAAUAAAGUGACAGUUGAAGUUGAAUUUAUUUAUCGGAGCUGAUCAUAGAUUGUAUAUACUAUGGACAACUCGGUUCGGCCUUUCGCCAAUAUACGGAUUUGAAGCCGAAAAGCUCUCAGCAAUUCCACGUUUUUUCUCUGCAACAUUGCUCCGUAGCGUUGUGCGCAUUUGGCGGGAGAGUUGCUGAGAUGACGCUCGGCUCAAACCACGUAUCCCCCCGGGUGAGCUACGCAAUCUUCGUAUGGCCAUAGGCUGUAUCAAGUGUCAAUCAUAGAAAACAUGAACUCUCUAAUAACUUUUAAAAAUGGAGCUGUACAGAAAAAAAGAGGACUUGAGCAUAAACAAACAAAAUUAUAUUCUGUGUAAUAAAUUUCUAAAGUUUGUCCACAGCCCUAUAAGCUUUGCUAGCGGAGGCAGGAUUUAUGACCUAUACUGCAGCCUGUCACCAGAGGGUGCUGUUCUCGGAAUGGCAGUCUAUGGAGCUAAUGCGUUGUCCUGGGCUUUAAGAAUUAACCUCUAGUGGACACCUGAGGAACUGCAGUUUGUAGCACUUCCCCAAUAGCUUCAUUUUUUUUAUGCUACAGGUUUCCAGUUUGAUCCAAAAACAAAAUAAUUGUUAAAUUGAUGCUGCAAAAGGCUUUAGCACCCUUUUACUAUUCUUAGCUUGCAGUGUCUUGGUGGUGAGUGAGUAAGCCUAGAAACAGCGAACAGGCCAAAGUGGAGUGAGUCCUCUCCGUUAUGGUUUUGCACCUGCUGUGGAAACUGGGCUGCCUUGGAGACUCGUGGCCUGACGCCCAUUGGCUCUGCUACUGUCCCCGCAGCCCUCCCUCACCAUGCAGGCACGACAACAAAUGCACAAUCUGUCAAGAGCCUGCAAACCCAAAAGUGCUCAGAGAUGAUCAGAAGCAUUUGUAAUCCAAAAUUAUUCCCCACGUGGGCAAGUUUAUUCAGCGUACAAGUGUUGAUUCAAUUCAUUAGCUGGAUUCUAACGAAAGCAGAGAUUCUGGGUCCUUUCCGUGAGCUAUUUAUCGAAAUCAGCCAACAAAAAAAAUGCCCACAGUGUUAUUUUGAGCAACAUUUGGGAUUGUGUGGAAAGUGGGCACUUGGUUUGGUCGUUGGCUAUACUUCAUGUCCUCAUUAUGUUGUAUGGGAACUCCGCUCUGCUGAAAAUUAGAGCCCUCAUGGAGCAGCAUGUGUCAUCAUCAAAUCAUUCGGCUUUUUAGCACUUCAAUCAGUCUGACAUGAGGGAAAUUGUUGGGUUUAAGGUAUAACUUAAAGGAAAAUGAACAUCAGAGGGGCCUCAGUGUCGAUGAUAUGGGAUUUUCUUGCUUCUUAUAGACCAGAACUCAUUUGGGUUAAGCCAAUUCCUUUUCCUGCAGAUAGAAGAGGACUAAUGUUAGGAGGCAUUUUAUCCUGGAUCAGACAGUGUCUCCUGUGCCAGAGUGUGGGAAGGGAUGUCUCGCUCUCCUACAAACCUGUCGCAGGGACUGAUGUGAAGCUUGAUCUACCGCUGCUUCUGUCCUUGAAUUUGUUAUGACUCACAUGCUGAAAGUUGCUGCUUCUCUUAAGUUUACCGUGACUCAUAUCCUUCAGUCCUUUUUUCCGUUAUUGGUUGUGUAUUCAUGGCUUCAUCGUGUACGGCCUCAUCCGCUUCCCCGCUUCACAAUCCGUGCCCCAAACAGAGUCCACGGACACAAAUUAAUGUUGUUAUGAACAAAUAAAAAAGGUCUUUACUCCCCACAAAGUGGCGCAGAGACACAAAAACAAACACCCCAAAGCCUUUAUUUUCCCCAGGAAGCUUUAUGAGUGCAUCAGCAGUGACUGAGGUAGAUGAGUAUUGAUUUUUAUGAAUGUCUGUGCCUUCAUCAGCGAGGGCAGUUUGGUUUUGCUCUGUUCCACACACACAAACAGGCAAUUCAUUGAUCCCUGUGUUUUUUCCUCACUCUGACAAAAAUGCAUAAUGGAAAAAGUGCUUCUAGACCAGAGCCUGGAGGAUGAAGAGGUCAGUGUUUGCGAUUAAGUCUGAGUGUAUUACCUGCAUACAUCCAAAAAAGCUGUGGCUUGUCUAUUUGUGUCUUACAUCAGUGGUGGGGUUUUAUUUCUUUCCUGCUUAUCAGACCGAAGGAAAAGGCAGGCGGUUUGUAAUUAACGUGAUAAAUGCAACAUCUGUCUCCAGAGUGACAGUGAGAGAAAGAGGUUGAGGUUAAGAAAUAGGAAGAGGAUAUAGAUAGAAGCUUAGGAAAAAGGGAACGAGAGGGGGAAGUAAUCCAGAUGACACCGGCAGAGUAAAGCGCUAUUUAAAAAAAUCAAUUUAUUCACACUUGCAUCUCGUGCAAAACAGAUCAGCAGAAAUCCAGGCGUCACUCUGUUCCUUAUUUAUGGGUGCCCCAAUUAUAGGCCUGCUGCCUGCUGCAGCUCAACACGCUGAGUGUGUGUGUGUAUGGAAAUUGUGCGCAUGUGUGCAUAUAAAAUAUGGAUGGAUAUUUUGCACCAUAUGUGCGCACAUGGCUUUUUUCGCAUGUUGCUUAAUUGAAAGAGUUGUUGUGCCAGAGAAGCCAGCUGUAUGGAGAUGAGAGCCAUCAUGAAUGGAUGGACACAGGAAGGGAUGAAUGGAGCUCAGGAAGCUGUCAGCUUAGGAUGGUGGAAGUGCUACUUGGCAGGGAGAGCUGUCUUGUGACGGUAAAAGUCUUUCAGAAUGUCAACGACUGAAGCGACUCCGUCUGAAUUUCAGUAAUAGUCCGAGGUUUGUGUCGAUAAAAGUGAUGGUAUAUGUGGAACCAAAAACAAAAGGGAUGUAUCUUUUAAAGAGGAUCAGAUACCUUAUUAACUGCACGAUUGGUCCAAUAUCUGUGGGACUAUCAGAGUUCACCCUUUUGUGAUGCAGCUCGAGUGAUCCCUCUGUCUAAUUUCCUGCAUGCAAGCUGUCUCUACAUCUUAUACUUAAGGUAUAUAAACUGUUAAGGGAUAUUUUAGUGUAAAAUUAAUUUAGGGUCAAACAUACAUUUCAUUUCCUUGAAGUAAUAAUCAUCAUAUCAAUCAUUUUGCACUGCAGACACAGGAGUUCUUCUGCCUUAGCGUCUCGAUCUGAUUGCAUUUCCAUGAAGUAAUGAUCAUAAAUGUUCUUCCUUGAGCUGCGUCACCCCGCUGUAGUUCGUAAUGGACUGGCCCAGGGUCUCGCUACAAACAAGCGGCUGCUGGAAGAGAGUUGGUAAGUUGUGUUUAGUCUCUUUGCUGAAGAAAUCAGGCAAAGUUAAAAAGAUGUUUGGUGGCUAAUGCUGUGGCUGGGACCCUAAAUGUUCUGUUGAUGAAGUUAGGUGCUGUUCUGAGCAUUAUUUGUGGCUAUAGAGUGGCGUUUUGGUUGAGGUUUGUUUAUGGCUCCUCAGACCGCUGUGUUUUGCUAUCCUGCGGCCGUUACUAAAGUUGGUAUAACUAGAGAAACAAGCAGUCGGCAACAUUCAUCUCUCAAGUGGUUGUCUAACUUGGUGUUACGGUGUGUUUGACCCGAAUUAAUUUUAUGCCGGAAUAUCCCUUUAAAGCUCUCUGCAAGACACUAGCUGGGUUUACAUGGGUAAUAAAAUCCUACUCACAAUCAUAUCACACGCUCAAUCAGAUCAAAAACGUGUCAUGUUAACACCUUAGCGGAUCCGAUUCACUUGGAUGGUAUUAAAUUUCGGAUCCGAUUAAAGAGGUAGUCUACACCGAUUGACAAUACGAUUGAUGCCACACAUAAAUGGCUGACUGCAUCAUAUCCGGUUGUUGACUGGAGUAUUCAUUCUGCGCACAUGCCCAAGUACAUAACGUAACGACACUUGCAGGAAAUAGGAAACCUGGAAUUGGAAUUUGGAAUUUAUGACCAAAUACAAUUAUGGCAAAAAAGCCUUGUCAGAAAGUAAUCAAUCGGAUUUAGCUGGGCCCAUGUAAACGCGGACCAAACGUGGAUCACUUUAUUUUAAAUUCAUUCAAGUCCAGCUACCAUGUGGUUUUAUGUAUAUCUUUCUUUCUCAGUCAAAGUAAUUCUGCUUUAAGCUUCUCUCACAACAUGUUUAAAGACACUUGGAGAUGUUUGGUUAGAGAAUCUUACUUCAUACUUAAAGCCCUAUACUGAACAGAGCCAUACUGCGUGAGCAUGUAUACGUUGUGAGGUUUGAAAAUUUUGAAUGUAAUGUUUGAACAACAGUUCUUGGCCUGCUUUGAGCUGAGAGUAGUAUGCUGGAGUACAUUUUGAUAUAAGACACCUACUCGGAUCAGAGGGAGGCGUUCACCUCUGGCAGGAAGAAGAAAUAGAGGAAAACGGAGGAGCUGCAGGAACAGAAGGCCUUUGUGUGUUUACAUGAAAAGUAAACAGCUCCAUCCAUCCUUCCUUCCGUCUUUCUUCUCUGUCCCGCUGAUCUGAAGGCUUGUCAGAUGAUAAAACACUUGCACAGCAGUAGACUGUAAACAAAAUCCUCUUUUGCUUUUCUCCUGAAUUUUUAAAAAAUGCUCUUUUCUAUUAUCCUCCGCUUUCAUCUCUGAAUCUGAAGAUCUAACUAGGAGUUACUUUCAUUUUCUCACCGUGCUCAUGUUGCCUUUUUGUCUUGAGGAUGUUUCUACCUGGCGAGAACUGUAGGAGGAUGUUCGUGACAAGAAGAUAGUAUUAAGUUAAGAUUCUGCUUUCCGAAGGCCUUAUACAUAAACACCCCCAACCAAUCACAGCUUGAGAGAGAAGAACAAGGACAAGGUUUCACUGCGAGUGAGUGAUAUGGUAACUGCGAUGAUGUGCAUUGUGCUUCCAGUCAAGUGAAGAAAAAUGCAAAUUGAUAUUUCAAAUCAGAGAAGCAGCGCAUGUAUGUAGACGGAGCACCAGAGCAAUGAGCCGUUAAGACGUAUGAGAAAGUCGGUGUGCUGAGAUGACGAAUGCACACUGACAGAGGUCUUCAAUCGUCUCUCCAGCACCAGCACCCCAAUAGCUUCCUACCCACAAGUGGUGAAGUGGCGAGGGAGAUUUAUACUCCCACUCUGAUGACGUUGUUGGCAUCGUCAACAUCCAGUUGAGAGUCCAAUAAUGGCGUGGCUUAGCGGAGGAGAGAGAAAGACAAUGCUUCAGCUCUGUUCUUUUGAAUUAUUUACAGGUUUCUUGACUCCUUUUACUUUAUAUCAGAGUGGAUUCAAUCUGGUGUCUGUCUGCGACGGCUAAAGAAGGACAUCUGAGGACUCCGUGUGUCUGAGUGUGAGUGUGCAUAUAAUCACAGGUUGCACCCUUCUUAUUGAAGCUGCUCAAACAUUAAACAGCUCUCAUACAGAUGCGAUUAAUCUACCAGAAGAUCCGCUGCAUAAAUUAAUCAGGCAAGAAAUGAUUGAUAAGCGACUUCAAUCAAGGCGGGAGACAGACAGAGAGGCUCCUCUGAUAGAUUUUGUGUGUGUGUGUCAGUGUGUGUUUUGUUGUGGCAGACAGACACUGACAUGGCUUGUUAGUUCAUGAAGAGAGACCCUGCUGUGGUGCUGCUAAACACUUCACUGCUCACGUACUGUAUAUGCAGUGUGGAGGGGUAGCAACGUUUAGGAAUGCAUCUCCAUAAUACUAGAGACGUGUGUGUGCAUGUGUGUUUAUGUGAUGGUGGGAUCACGCUCGCAGGAGAUGGGGAAGGGGCUGCUGAAGCCUGCUGCCACUGACUGCUGAAUGAAUAUUCAUGCAGCUGAUAUAUCAGUGUCUGCCAGAGAACGCCGGCUCCAGAUCGCAGGAAUACAAAUACGAACACUCGCCAAAAGUGUGUGUGUUUUUAUGUGUGUGUGAUCUGUAUGUGUGUGGGCGCAGAGGGUGAUUAUGGACCCUGGAGUGCAUGAGCAAAUAGAAGGGUGUGAGAUUGCGAUUAGUGUAUGUGUGUGUGUGACUUUGUGUGUGUGUGUCAGGGGGAAAAAGAGAGGCGUAGCUGACAUUUACUUAGCUCUACUCCUCUAGGCUUUUUGUGCCCCACAUUCAAAAGAGGGAAGAGGAACACUCACUCUUGUUUUUGAAAACUUUUGCCUGCUGUCUCCACAACUCAGUUUUAUCAUCCUGCUGCUUGUUCAGAGCGAUGGGACAGAGUGAGUGAGCUCCAAUGUGCGAGAGAAUACAGUAACACUUGAGAUAAAAACAAUUAAAAAAACGACUGUUAUUUGAGACGCAUAAAACAGACUGAGGCGUUAGGAAAUGAUAACCAGCUGUUUGAUUUUGAACCAGUAAUUAUCACAGCAUGUCAGCGCCGAGCGUCAUGCUGAAUUUGAGCUCAGAGUAUAGGGUUAUGAUAAAUCAAAGGAAUGUGAACCCAUCCGUCAAAUUGAGUUCGACUGGUUCUGUUUUGUAGCUGCAAUUUCUAGAUAGCUCAAGUGAAAAUCUUAUGCUGUGACUGAUUUCUAUCUGAUUUAUUUUUUAUUCCAGUAGAAGGAACAAAAGCACUGAAUUGUUGGGGUGUCCCGAUUAGGGUUGGGUAUCGUUUGAUUUUGAACGAUUCUGAUUCCGAUUCCUCGUUUCAAUUCCGGUUCCUAACAAUUCUCCAUUACGAUUCUAUUAAAAGGCAGGAUAUUAAAAAAAAAUGCAUGGUUUAAAUGAGGGUGCUAACCAGAGUUCUUCUUUUUGAAUUUUUAAAUUACAUUAACUUUUUAAAAACUUUACUAUGAAUUUCUCACAGGGCGAUUUUCAACCAGUAUAUAAAUAUCAAUUUUUGUUGUCAGGUCGUUUGUCUAUGAAAAGGUACAAGGGCUAACGUUAGUUGGAUAUUUAAGUUGACCUACCGUACACAGUACAAUUUGUUUGCCGCUUCAGUGUUAGCAGAAGACAGAAGUAAGUUAUUGUUUCACUUAUCCGAUACUGGCUGGUUAACAGAAGACCGGUGAAGCGCGUCAAAGACGGGCACUCAGGUAUUUCUUCUCCAUGAAUCCUGAGGUGUAUAAUCAUGUUGGUCGUGCACCCUCCUUUGCAUGAUAUAACUGUGUUGCCAAUGUUGUAAUGUCAUACGCUUCGUCCUUGUUGGUGUUCGGCGCCUUCUUUUUCACUGGUGUUUAGCAGCGUCUUCCUUUUGGUGUCCUGCAGCUAUUUCUUCCGGUUGGCAGACCAGCAUUGAAACUUGGAAUCAAAUUUUUUUUUAAUUUGAAUGGUUCCGGGGGAAUCGGAGUGUUAGUCCCGGUCCCCAUCAAUGCCCAACCUUAUUCCCGAUACAACUUUUUUGACUUCCAAUACGAUACUGAUAUUGUAGCCUUCAAUAUUGACCGAUACCGGCAUUGAUUCGAUAUUGGCACAAAAUUGUGCACGACAAGUUUUUCACUCAAGGCCAACAUCACUCUUACUCCUGGCUACUUUGUUAGUAACUUAGUUCACACUGUUGUUGUGAUUACAUGGGCUCGGCUUGCUGGAUCAGGGCGCCGCUAGGUAGAGGUGCCAAAGUGGAGUCUAGAAUGGAUCGCUUGUAUCGGAGUGCUGAUAUCGGAGAUUUUAGAUAUAGGACGAUAUAAUCCGAUAUUUAUUUUUUUGCUGAUACCGGACCGAUAUCCGAUAUCAAUAUCGUAUUGGGACACCCUUACUGAAUUGUAUGUGUAUUUUAAUAUUAUUUGGAGAGACAGUUGCUGGUAGUGAUAGGGAAUGCAACAAAUGUUCAAUAUUGUUGAUAAGUGACUACAUCCUUACUAUUUCUGCUGAGAAUCAGGCAUGCAAAGCAGCAAUCAGGAAGUAAACAAAACAAAGCAAAAUGGUAGCAGCUGAAGUAACAUCAUCAUGUCUGAAAUCCUUGUAAGUCUAGGAGUGUUUCACCCUGCAAAGAAAAGGAAACUUUGUAAAGCUGACCUUGCUUAUCAUGGGAGAUCUCUGUAAGUUCACAUGAGGUCUUUGGACAUCUCUCUCUCUCUCAAACAUCAACUGUGACUUUCCGCACAGCUUGAGAGUCCAAAGUUGAAGCCAUGUUGUGUGAUUUUCCUCUCUUACUCUUUCAGUCCCUCACCUUAAAACCUUUCCUCUGAACACCAUCUUGUUCUCUUUCACGUCUCUUUUUCUUCCCUCCCUCCUACCACUAGACAGCGGAGCAAACUUUAACCAUAUUGCUAACCUAUUGCAUAAGUUAUGUUGAAAGCCAAGACAAAAAUAUAGCUAGAGCUAAGCUUUUGAACAUCGUGUUUUGAGUGGGAAAAAAUCAUGUUAAAUUUCAAGGUUAAUUGCCAAAUACACGCCAUUUAGUAGCUGUGAUGUUCAAUUGUUGAAUAUCAUUUUAAUUGAUAACUGGUGAACCUAGCGGUGAAACCCAAAGCAGCGUGAGAAACUGGGGAAAAAAUAAGUAUAUCAACUCUGCAUGUGAAAAGUAUUGCAGCUGUCUGCUGGUGUAAUCUAAAUACACGCCUCCUGGAUUUUUUUCUUCCAAAUAGGGAAAAUGACGACAAGUAAAUGUCAGCUGUGUAUGAACUCAGAAUACACAGAGAAAUCGUGUAAGGGUGUGUGUAUAUAAAUAGAUCAGAGGUAGGUGUUAGGGUCUAGAGGACAAGUGAAAUUCUAAUAGAUGCCAAAGGACAAGCCUACAGAGACACCGAACAUCUAUAUUUCAUUAAUCUCUUCUCUUCCAUUCUCUUCUCUUCGUCUCUUUCUCUUCUCUUCUCUUCUCUUCUCUUCUCCUUCUCUUUUCUCUUCUCUUCUCUUCUCUUCUCUUCUCUUCUCUUCUCUUCUCUUCUCUUCUCUCUUGUUCAUCAGCACUUUUCAUUACUGCAGCCCCCAGGACUCUGCGAAUGUAUUGUUAUGUACAAUUGUGUCGUAGAACCGCCGCCUCUGUCCUCAGCGCAAGGACAUCUGUGAGCUGAUGGCUAUCGGAGAAGUGCUUAGUUAAACCCCUUGGGUCCUGAACAGAAGAAGUCAUCAUUUUAGCUUCACAUCUGUUUAUUUAAGAAAGUUGCAAAUGUGCAAUAACUUAGCUCGCUCCCUUUCAUACUUUUGUAUUGUACUUCUAAACUUUUCACUUACUUUUUCUGUUCAGUCUACCACCAAACAGACAAAGUUAUGUAUCCUAAAUGCUUCCUUCACUAUGGUUUUCUUCAUUAUGUUGCUAUAACAAGAUUGCAGUCCAAUGAUGUUGAUGAGCACUUCAAGCGGAUUAAGUGCUUGUUUUGUUUGUUUAAAAAUUAUCAUAUCUGAGAGGUUUUAAUCAUACUCUGUAGCCGGUUAUAAGAUUCCUAAUUAGCCUUGAUCAAUUAAUUCUUUUAAAAAACAAUCAAAAUUAAAGGUGUACUGAUUUUUUUUUCCACCAGAUGUUAAAAAAUCAAUAAGAUGCUUUUUGUUUUACCCUUACUCCACUCUGUGCUUCCUGUCAUCUUACAAUUAUGCAAAUGUGCCUUCUUCAAUAACUUCAUUUUAAUCUCAGUGCAUUGUAAGCACUCCUCCCCACCCCUACCUCUUUUUCUUUGCGAGCAGUAAGAAAACUGCUGCCUCUUGUUAAGCAGAAGAAGCUAUGUUAUGGGAAAUGCUGGUGCUGCUGAGGCACUGACGCUCACACAUCUCCAGCAUGGCAGUAAAUAACAUUCAGACGCCCAUAUUGCUGCCUUCUGUUAAACACACACUCAUGCACAAGGUACACACUAUACAUCACACACACACAGAAAGCUGAGCAGAGUGUAAAUAUGGCACCCAUGAAAUGUCGCACUAGUCGUUAAGCGCUACGGCACCGUAACUUCUUGGGAAAUACUCUGCAUAGCUUUGAGUGUUGAGCAGCAGUAUUGCAGAGAAGCGGCACCUCGCCGUGUGUGCAUUCGUGUGCAAGUGCGAAAUGUUACCGUGUGUCACAGAUAGACAGGCAUAACAGUUAUUACUUUUGGCCCGGGUACUACCAACGUUGCCCGCCUGUCUCACGGAGCACAUGGGUGGCAAUUAGAAAAACUUCCACAGACAUAAAUCAGCAUGGGUCAUAAACACCCCAGUGAGGGGGGGAAAGGGGAGUGAUAGAAGUAAAAAGAUGUGAUGAAAAGUGCAGAGAAGAGGUGAUAAAAUCAUUUAAGGUGUGGAGAAAUAAAGUGGGAGGAACAAGAGAGUCAAUGGAGACGCAUUUUACUCUCAUAUAUGACGCUGAAUGUCUUUCAGGUGUGAGAGUGAUUAAAAAUACACAAAUGAAUGUGCUAAUUAACACGUUCACGCUUCCUGUUAUACAAUUAUAUUACACUCUAAAAAUUCACCUAGUGUAGUUGUACUGACCUCAACAAGCACAGAAGUUUAACAAGUCCGGACAACAAGUGAAACCGAUUCAAAGCGUCACUUUUCCUCCAAACUGAUCGUUAGAGCUCUAUUUUCUAGAAAGCAUCAAAGACAUCUCCUGUGUGGCAACAGUUCAGCCGUGAUUAAGGGGUUUACGUGCUAGAACAUGAUGCUACUGUAAGAAGGUGGUGUUUUCAUGUUGUGAUCGCAGCACCCACAAAGCUUUGGAUCCUCUCUCAUCCUCCUACUCCACUCGGUCUAUUAUUACGCACAACAACAACAACAACAAUGCAUGGUCCUACGUCUUCACCACCGCUGUUAGAAAACGAAGGAUAACAAUGCAUAAAUAUAACAUACUCUUGGUACAUUAUUGAGAAAAUAAGCUUUCCCCUGAGUCUUUUGAAAACCGGUGCAGGGAGGAGGAGGAGGUAUGUGAAGGAGGGCUGCAGAAACUAAUAGAGCAAUGUCACCAAGCUGCUGGGUCAACAUUUCCACUGCACGGAGGAGACGGUGUGUUUUAGGCAAGCAAAAUGCAUUAUUGAUUGCUCGGUGCAAGCCAAGGCUUUAUACUAUAUAGCAAGAAUGAUAGCUCUGUCACUAUUAUUCAUACAACGGAUCAAGACAUAGCUCUGAUUAUGCUACUGUAUUGAUCAGCAUCAAACAAACACUCAGAGUAGGCAGUCAGUACAUAGAUGAGUCAUUUGACGGAAAACACAGGAAUAGAUUGACUAUAAAUUACGCUCUGAAUGUCUCUUUUUCUGUCUGCGGUGGUCAACAACGCACGUCAAGAGGUUUUGAAAAGCUCAGCAAGUAUCUUCGGAUUAAUAGAUGAGAUGGAGAAAUGGCCAAAAUAAACAAAAAAUAAUAAAGAAAACUAGAUGACUAUAUGGAAAGACAAACAAAAGUUAGUUGCAAAGCUGAAAUUCCCCUUGUACCCAGAACUGACAUCUUACAUUGGUGACCAUUUUGGAACCAGAGUCUGCUGAUAAAAUGAUAAAGAUCCUUCAAAGUCAGCAGAAUCUACAGCCAAAGAGCUUUGAGUGUAGGUACGAGGCAGACACAAGACAUGCACAGUUAAGUCCAGCUAUAAUUAUAGCUCGAUCAGGCGACUGGAUUAUUGACAGAAAGGUGUCUGCCUCUGCUUUCAUAGGUGGCGACAUGCCCCCUUUCAGGCAGUCUCCAAGUUGUAAAGGUUUUGUUUACAUCCAGGUUGUUUAACUUCCCACUCAAACCCCAGCAUACAAACACUGGGACGUGUUACAAAACCCUUCGGCCAGUUUUAGUCAGACUGAGCCACAGAGAAUAUCUACACCUAACUUUAUUAUCCAGGUAUGUUAGUUUAGUGCUAUUUCAGUCCCACUAAUGUGUUUACAUAAGGCAAAAAAAAAUCACUUUACAUGUUAUGUGAAUUUGACAUUUGUUCAUCAUAAAUCCAAUCUGAUGAUGUACAUCUUCUGUACAGUCUAUGGUGAAAGGGGGGUUUGUAACUAGUUAAGGCUGGUUUAUUCUGGAGACCAGUCGCUCGGAGGCAAUGACAGCAAUUUUGUGAAGUUUAAGCUAAUAAAUAUGAGGGAAGUUUAAAAAAAAAAAUUGGAUUUAAAAAACAGUUUCUCUGCUUUCGUAGGUGGCGACAUGCCCCCUUUCAGGUACACUCCAAGUUGUAAAGGUUUUGUUUACAAUUAUGUCGUUCAACUUCCCGCUCAAACCCCAGCAUACAAACACUGGGACAUGUCUCGAACCCUUAGGCCAGUUUUAGUCAGACUGAGCCACAGAGAAUAUCUACUCCUAACUUCAUUAUCCAGGUAUGUUAGUUUAGUCUUAUUUCAGUCUGACUUAUGUGUUUACAUAUUUUUAAAAAGGUCCAGUUUCAGUCAGACUAGGGCAAUAAAUAACUUUACAUGUUAUGUGAAGUUUGACAUCUGUCCAUCAUUCAUACAUCUAAUCUGAUGAUGUACAUCUUUUAUACAGUCUAAAGUGAAACUGUAACUGUAACUAGUUACAGCUGGUUUGUACUGGAGAAACAGUUGCACGUUUGAGAAGUGCAAGCUAACAAAUAUGAGGGAAAUUUAAAAAAAAGGUUUGAUUAAAAAAAGACGGUAUCAGUCAAGUAUGUUCUCAACUUUUUCAUCAGUUCCAAUAUUGAUACCGGUAUCAUCAGCAGGUAUCAAGUAUCGGUCAGGCUGUAAUACAAGCAGCUCUUGACCCUGCAUGCUUCAGCAGUUAUAUGAAUCACAACCUCGUAUCUCAAAUCCUUAAAAAUAGCUCUGAACUAAGCAUUUGUUAUUGAGGUUGUAGACACCGACAGGAUGGUUUAACUGAGAGGCUGGUCUAUAUGAAGCUAUGGAUCAAGCAGACGGCCUCUGUCUAAUAGACUGUUUAGCUUUAAUAUGGUUUUCACCUCCUCUAAUGGACCAGGCUGUCACACAGUGAGGUCUUACUCUUUCAGUUCAGUCUAUUGAAAGAGGAGCGGCAGACUGAUGAUGACUCUGUCUGCCUGAAUGCCAAUCACAUCCAUAAUAGUUGCCUUCACUUUAUGAGUGAAGAGGGACAAGUUCUGUCUCUGUUUGUGCGUCUCGCUGUGUGUGUGCAUCUGUGUGUGUCUGUGAGACUCCAUCCGGUCACCUUUGCAGUAAAAUCUGCUUUACUGGCAGCUGAACGAGCCAAUAACCUGCAGUCUGUUGUCCUCGGGGGCAGGACUUUUUGUUUGACCCAGAGUUUUAGGGGACUGUAGAUGAGACCAAUGCUGAGGGGGGACAGAUGUUCAGCCAAUCAGAGGCCUUAUAGCAACUGCAGCCGCCAUUACCAGAUGUUCUCUUCGUGCCAGCCGCACACCUCUCAUUCUUUCACCGUCAGAAAGGAAAGAGCUGGAGCUGGUUCUGCUCAGUGAAGAGGCAGUAUGUCAUGUCUUUUUCUGAAGGCUGAAGGCGCUGAAGCAUUUCCUUCCACUUUUAAUGGACUUUCUUUCAACUUUCUGGUCCUGAUUCUUCUUUUAUUUUCUUUCUCGGAAAUCCUUAUUCACUUCACAGAGGGCAUUUCUGUCCUCCUUAGCACAGUGCCGGACAUUAAAUGCUCCCUUUGAGGCAGGACGGGUGUUUGGAUAUGAAUUUUGUUCAGGGAGGUUUAUUUCUGGAUGUCUCUUGAGCUGAAGUAGCCACAUCUGUUUGUGUUAAUCUGUGUGCUUACGUGUGGUAGUGGCAGCCCAAGAUUUAAAGUCCUAAGCACCACUACUGUCGCCCUUUCUUGUCUGUGCUUUUAGUAUUUACUGAAGUUUUUUGUGAGAUUUAAGGAAAAAAGAGGGCAGAGCAGUUCUGGGUAGAAUCUCUGUGCUAAAGGAGGUAUUUUCAUGGCCGUGCAAAUGCUCCCAAUCUGGCUCAAGGCUCAUACUGCACAGGAAGCCAGUUAUUAAAGUGUAAUACUGUUGGACUUGUUUUUGUUUUAGCAACUUAAAUAGAUCCUCAGAGGGGUCUUUAGUUAAACUCUUAUAAGGAGAAAUGCCUCUGGUAUAACCGAUUACUUCAUUUGAUACAAUACAGUACGAUAUGAUUCAAUAUGAUAUGAUAUGAUACAAUGCAAUACAAUACAAUACAGUACAAUAUGAUACGGUACGAUACUAUACAAUACAAUACUUAACGAUACAAUGCGAUAUGAUACAAUACAAUACGAUAUGAUACAAUACAAUACGUUAUGAUACAAUACAAUACGAUAUGAUACAAUACGAUACGAUACAAUGCGAUACGAUACAAUGCGAUACAAUACUUUACGAUACAAUAAAUUGUGAUAUUAUACAAAACGAUGUGGUAUGAUACAAUACGAUAUGAUACGAUACUAUACUAUACAAUACAAUACUAUGUGAUACAAUACAAUACGAUGUGGUAUGAUACAAUAUGAUAUGAUACAAUACAAUACAAUACAAUAUAAUAUGAUACCAUACGAUGUGAUAUGAUACAAUACAAUACGAUAUAAUACGAUACGAUACAAUACAGUAUGAUGUGAUAUGGUACAAUAUGAUACAAUACGAUGUGAUACAAUACAAUACAUACGAUGUGAUUUGAUACAAUACGAAAAGAUACAAUAGGAUAAAAUAUGAUAUGAUACAAUACGAUAUGAUAUGAUAUGAUAUAAUGCGAUGUCUAUCAGAAUUUGGUAAUGUAACUGUAAAACUUAUUGUGGUAUAUCAACACUCUGAUGAAUGACACAAGACAAAAUUCCCACCACAAGACCAUUUUUGCAGCUCCUCUAAUGCAUUCCCUUGCAAUAAUAUUUAUUAUGCAGCAGACUAGGCGUGUUUAUUUGUCAGGAAAAAUACCCAUCUAUCCAUCUUAAAGCUAAGCUCAUAAUCAUCUCAAGAAUGGACCUGGAGGUGAACUCCUUGUGCCUUUUCCAGUGCCAAAACCCAAUUUUCUGCUCUCAACUUUUCAAAAGAUGACAGUGGCUCCUAUUGCAAGAGCAUUUACAAAGGAGUCAGUUCUUUCCCUCACUGUAUGAACCUGUGCUGACUGUGUGAAACCUUUCGGACAUGUACAAAUCACAGUUCAUUCACUAACAUUAUACUUUGACAGAUCCUGUCAGACUUGUGAUUGUGUCUUGGACUCAAGAACCACAACAAACCUAUGCGGGGUUUUCAUUGAGGUUUGCUUAUACUUACUGGGGAUGUUUGCCUGCAUUCGUAUUCCUCAUAAGUACAAAUGAGAAAGCAACUAUUCAUGAGGCAGGGAAAAUAUUCGCCUGCACGUACACACACUCUUUAUCUGCGCUUGGCAUUGCCUUGACACAUACAAGGCUCAGGUGUGAGAUAAAAUAAGGGCUCUGGGCUCAUGCUGUUCUCUGCCCAGUGGACGGGCUGAGAUCUGCAAAGUCACCCUGAGGUAAGACACACUACACCCCUGCACAGGACAGGUGUUUUUAUAUGAAACACAAGCCCCCUACCCCGUUUUGAAUUACCAUAAAGAUACAUUUAUUCUGAUUUAGCUGCUUCAUUAAGUCCAGAGAUGAGUCCAUUGCUUUUGGUGAUCAGUAUGCAUUGAAUAUAAAACUGGGAUUUGGAGAUGAAUGACAUAUUCUCCUUAGUAAUCGCUUUUGUGAAUAUGUAUUUAAAUGCAUGAAUUAGAAAUCAGAAGAGCAUAGAGAAAUAUUUAGAGAUGGACUCUCCUCGACUAUUCACUUUCCUCUCUGUUCCUCUGCUUUGAUGGUUUUUCUGUCACUUAUCUCAUGAUCUGUCCUUUAAUGUAGAGGGACUGCCUUCCUUUCUCUCUCUCUCUCUUUCUUUAAUGAUGUGCUUGAGUGAUGCUAAUGAAUGGUUCUUACACUCUUCCCGUUCGCCCCCUCCCUCUUCCUUUUCUCUUCUCCUCUCCGUCUGCCUGCUUGAUCUGUCAGGGAGACCGCAGAGAGAGAUUUUUCUACUUCAGUUAUGAGACUCCCUCAGGGUGAUUUUAGAGGAAAACUCAGAUGACUUUCCUCCUCUCUGCCGGCCCAGCGACAUGAUGGAUGGAAGUGUUUAAAAAGCCUGACUAUUUCUGUCGGACUGUUCAUCUGAGUGGCUCACAGUUAGCAGUCAGCAGGGAGGCUUUCGUUAACAGGGUGGAUGAUGCACUAAGAGGAAAGUGUGUAGGUGGCUCUCUUGAGAUAGAAGGGUUUGUGUAUUUGUAUGUGUGGGUUUGUGUACUUAACGUGCGUGUCUUUUGUGCUCACAUGUGUGGUGCAAGUGAAGUGUGGUGUGAAGGAGAGCCCAAUGUGACGCUCAGCACGGCCAUGAAUGAUUGCACUCUGAGCCAGGUCUCCUGUGGUGGCACCGAGAGCCACAAAAAUAACUUUCUUCUCUUUAAAAAAUAUCAGUUUUUUUGUGAUAAAGUUUGGAGAUACUGGGUGACAAAAUCAAUAAAUCCUUCCUUAAGAAUUGACAAUCAUCUUAAUGUAUUUUAUCUGAGAAAUGUGGCAGUAAGUAAAUAGAAUAACUGAUUUUACCUUUUAGAGCCACAUACAUGAAUUGUCAGUGCCAAUUAUAAUUUAUAAUGAUAAUUUAGCUCAUUCUUUUAAUUAUACUGUCUGCCACAACAUUUUAUCACUAAAGCUUCUAUGAGGAGUUUUUGGAUGUUUGUGAAAUAGGGUGAAAUUUAAAUUGAUGCCUUUUCAUGACACACAAAAACAAACAAGACCAUUACUGACAAAACAGACAAGUUACAUGAAGUCGUUUUUAAUGUCUCGAACCAGUAUGAGGGGGGUAGGAGUCAGACAAGCAGCUAAGGAAACAGCCCUGUUCUUACAACCUCCACAUAAAAUACACUAGAUUAAAAUUAGGCUUUAAAUUAGGGUGACCAUACGUCCUCUUUUACCCGGACAUGUCCUCUUUUUUGGGGGCUGUCCGGCCUUGUCUGGGGAAGUUUGUAAAAUCCUUCAAAUGUUCAUGGUUUUGUAUGGAAGUUUCGAGUUUGUGUCACAUGGACUUACUGAGUUAGAGGCGCUUAAAAGACACUCAAUCCGAUCCAAAAAACCCUCAAAAUUAACUUAAUGUGACUCCAUGACUCCGCCCCCACGUAGUCGUGUCCUCUUUUUGGGGAUUCAGAAUAUGGUCACCCCACUAUAACUGACAUAUUUGACUGUCAAAAAUCAGAAGAUACUAGUUAAGCAUGGAAGCUACUUUUUCCACAGGAGUUGUGAAGUGAAAGUUACUUACAGUAUCUUUAAUUUUUGAACUCUACACAGCAGUUAUCAAAAAACUGCAGAUAAACAGCUAAAAAAAAACUUGGAUUUUCAUAGAAAAAGUUCACCUAUUUUGAAACCAGUCAUCAUCCCAUCAUGAUCUGAUGAUAUAUGCCCUUGUCAACAGAUUUUUUUCCAUGCAAUAAAUGCUGUCAUUUCUUGAUUUAUUAUAAGAAACUAAAAUUGUGCCACUUCAUCUUUUUCUGGUGAGCCACAGAUCAGCAGUAGACAGUAAAUUACAGACGCUUCACCAUGACAGACUUUUCUCGCAAUUAAAAUUUCCCAAAUAACAUCAUAUUUCAAAUGUUUUGGAAAAGUGCGAGCUUUCUCAAACUUUAACCCACGAGUGAAAAAAGAAACAUGAUUUAGAUGUUUUUUAUAAUGAGUGAGGUAUCAUUCAUUACAGAUAUAUUUGAGGUAGAUGGCAGAAAAGAAAUGUUAAGUUGCUUUUGUAACAGGGCGUCAAGCAGAUUUGAAAAUUUUGAUCCUAAAGGAAACGUUAGCUCUUAAACCAACCACUAACCUCAUCCUCCUUUACCUCUGUUCAUCCUGUAAGUGCAGGCUUUUGCUGCAGGAUGUGUCGAUGUUAGGCAGCAGGUUAGAUAGUCAGAUAAUCAAGACUUAACCUCUGCUUCCCAUUUAGUCAAUACAGCUGACACACAUGCAUUCACACUGUCUCAAGGACUGAUUGAUAAGCGCACGUGCUUGGGCGGUCAAAUGGGCCGGAGGGAUGUAGCUGGAAAAGGGGGUUCGUGACCCUGGUGCUUUGUGAAGGACUGACAGGCAGACAAUUAACGGGCUCAGUAAUUGGCACAGUAAAAACCCAGGCAGACAAAAGUCUUCUUGUUCUAUUUACGACCUUUUGAACCCAGUUUAUGACUCCUGCUUCUUAGACAAGGAUGAAGGAAUGCCAACGCUGAUUGUCUUCUGAUGAAACAAGGGAGAGAGUGAGACGAGUAUAGAAAAAGAACCAAGAGAGGACUAUAGAAAAUGACAAAAGACUCAUAUAUCCACGAAUGAAAAACAUCACAAGUGUAUCCGUUCUAUUGCAGGAGAUAGGAGAAGUGCGACACAGCUUGCAAAGGAAAGAUUCAAUAACACUGACAACGUAUAACAAGAAAGGAGUGGAUGAGUUGUUUUCAUGUGUAGAGCGGAAGCAGAGAGGGCUGAGGUUAUCUGAGUCCUUCAAAGUAAUUUCCCAGAGCAGACGGAGGUACAGAUGAGGAGAAGAAGAGAAAGAGGUAUAGAUGGACGAGAGAACUAAAUGGGGAUGGCGUCUGAGCACUUGAGACAUAAAGGUUCAUCUUUGGGUCGCUGUCAUGUGACCUUGCUGCAUUAAAUUCAGGGACAGGAAAUUGUUUUCUCUCCUGCAGGCUCGGCUGGCUCACCCCGUCUCAUCAUCCACUGACUGCUGUUUAAUUGCUGCAAAUGAAAACCAUGUUUGAAAUAUGGGAUGCAGCAGCGGCUCAGUAACACGUAAACAGGAUAUUAUCUGACGCUUGUACUUUUUGUAACUUUUUGAACCUCAUGACCUUAGACCAGCUCUUCUUCCCUGUCUGGCUCCCAGCCAGCCUGACACUGCUGUAAAGAGGGUGUUGAAAAAAAGGAAAACUGGUGUAGUUGGUGCUACCCGUGGACUAAAAUGGAUAGAGGUGAGGUUUCAGUUUCUCUGGCUCAGCUCUGUCCCACAGCAGGGUGUGAGGAUGAGUCUGCGUGAGUUUGAUAGGCGAUGCACUUUUUCUUUCUUUAUCUUCUGUUUUAUCAGUGAUUUAUCUGCCUCAGCAAGAAAAAGGUGAAGCGGGUUUCUGCCGCUGUAGACUUAAGUGACCAAACGAAACAUAAUUUAGUCUGCAAAUGGGCAGAAAAAUGGGCGAGCAAGUAUGUAAAUGUGUGAAACUUUAACAUGGGUAAUAAAACAGUGAUGGCUCAAUGACAGGGUGAGUGCAGUCAUCACCAUGUAUCAAACCCAGUCCACAGAAGGGAGGUCAGUAAAUGGGAGACUCUGUGAUGCAGGUUGGGAGUGAAACCUGGCCCAACAGAAGAGCCACUGGUGCUCAUGUUGGUGGAAAAAUGACAGCUGGUUUUGAUACAACAGUGUCAUAUUCCUGCGUAAAAUUAAGUUAGGGUCAAACACACCGUAACACCGAGUUAGACACCCCCUUGAGAGAUGAAUGUUGCCGACCGCUUGCUUCUCUAGUUAUACCAACUUUAGUAACGACCGCACGAUAGCAAUACAGAGAGCCACACGCUCAACCAAAAUGUCACUCUAUAACCACAAAUAAUGCUCAGAACAGCACCUAACUUCAUCAUGUUUGUACGGAGACCUCGGGUGAGUCCAUCAACUGCUGUGGGGUGACACAGCUCAAGGAAGAACAUUUAUGAUCAUUUCUUCAUGGAAAUGCAGUCAGUCCAAUACGCUAAGGCAGAAGAACUACCCCGUCUGCAGUGCAAAAUGAUUAAUAUAGUGAUUAUUACUUCAAGGAAAUGAUAAAGUAACGAUCGUGGAUCUCUGUAUUGCUGCUGUAUUGUAAGUCGGUAUAAUUAGAGAAGCAAGCAGUCAGCAACAUUCAUCUCUCAAUGGGGUGUCUAACUCGGUGUUACAGUGUGUUUGACCUGAACUUAAUUUUACGCCGCUAUGUCCCUUUAAUUGUCUUGGUACUACUUGGUCCUAAUUGACUGUUGACCCUAAAAAUUUUACGCACAAACAAGAUGGAACAAACUUUUCUCUGCAGUGAUAUAAUUCUUGAUUCUUCCCUCUGCUCUCCAUCAUCAGGCUGCUGCUGACUUUGCCAAGGCUCACCUGCCCGGGGCGCUCCGCCAGCAGCUGCUGACCUACGAACGGGAGAAAGAACGAGACCGAGAAAAAGACAAGGAGAAAGACGAGAAAAAGGAGAGAGGCAGCCUGUCCUAUCCUUCCAUCCUGGAGCAGCAGAUCCUGAAUCUGGACAGAGAAAUGCUGGAGAAGCUCUCUGCCACUUACAACGAAGCAGGUAUGAGUGUAUCCAUUUUUCAACAAAACGGCUCCUUUUCACAAUAAAAGCAUAUUCACAUCACAAAUAUUGAUUUUUCCCUUGUGCUUUGAAGCAUUUGUGGAAAUUUAGAGAUACUCUGCAGUGGUUUGGUCCAUCUAGAUGCUUUAUUGAUUUAUCAGUUAGUAUGAUGCAAAUGUGCAUUAGCUCGAUGUGGACUCAGAGGUCACAAACAGAUGGAUUUCACUCCUGAGUGUUGCUCAUUACUGGAGGCACAAUUAGGAAAGAACCAGUAAGUGUAGUGCAAUGUUUUUAAAUGUUCCCUAUGAUGCUGCACACAAACUAUUAAUUUCUCCUUCACUGUUUCACUUGACUGUUGUUGAAUAGUGAGUGUCAGCAGCCCCAGGCCUUGCUUAUUCAGCUGUUUAAAUACAAGCUGAUCUUCACAAGGCUUGUAGUAAUUAUCUCUGGAGGGAAGCAGAGAGGCAGGGAGGGGGUGAGGCAAAAGAGGGGGAGAGAGAGCGUGAUGGAUGCAAAGACGUAGGCGACGGGUCAGAGGGAUGGAUGUAUAAGUGGUAGGAGGACAUUUUACUUGUAAGAGCCACGGAACAAUUAAAGAGAAGAGCGAAGACAAAGGGGGAGGAAAGGGAUAGAUUGAAAGCGAGGGGUGAUGAAAGGGUGAGGACAAUGAGGGCGCAGAUACAAAGGGUGAUGAAAAAGACCCAUCAGAAAUGAAAACCACUGUGGGUAGAGGAAAGAAAAUGAAAUGUCCUACAGCAAUAUAUUCAGUGCGGUGUUGGGAGAGCUGGGGGAAAGUAAUAAGUUUCAUAUAUAUUUAACAUCCAUUCUCCAGGGAGAAAGUAGAAGAGCACUGGACAUUAAAGGAGACCAGCAACAUAAGUUCACACUUGUGAUUAUGAGCGUACUUCUUCAUUGACAGAGACAUCAUUGGCUUAUUGGACGUGCAGCAGGAGAGGUGAAAUAAAGAUUAAACGAUGAUUACAAGGACUAAUUACAUUGACAUGUUGCAGUUUCAAGGCUAGAGUGAUCCCAUGAGAGGGUCCUUUCUUCUCCUGGUGCCCUUGAUUAAAUGUUGCUGAGUGAGGAGGAGAGACAAUAAUGGAAACUCUGUGAAAGGAUUUAGUUUGCAGAGAGGUAAACACAGGGAUGUGAGACAUUUCCAUUCCCUGAAGAUAUCUCACAGUUUCAACAACUUGCAUUCAUGGGCUUGGAACUUCUGAAUGGUGAAUACUGAGCAGAGAUAAUAAUGAUGUCCAUUUAUUCAACCGUUUUCCGCCAUUUAUCCAGCAGUAGUGGGCCAAGCAAGUUGAUCCCUUUGCCUAGCAGUGUUUUCCAGUUCCUGGCGGUCUCGGGGUUUUUCCAGGCCAGAGGAAUACGAUAAUCCCUCCAGCACGCUUGGGGUCCCCCUUAAGGCAUAUUCCCAGCAGGACGUGCCUAGAAAAACUUCCAAAGUGCUAAAGGAGGCUUCUUAACAGGAUGCCUGAACCAUCUCAACUGAAUAGUUUUAAUGCAAAGAAGGAACGGCUCUUCUGCAAACUCCCUCUAGCUACAACUGCUUUUUGUCACUACCCCAAAUCAUGACCAAAUGUAAGAGUUGGAACAUUAAUUGAUGGGUUAAAAUUGAAGCGUUGGCAUUAGACUCAGCUCAGAGGUUAACAGCCCUUAUUUGCUCAUGCUACUCUGCUCCAAACCCCUGCUUGAGUUCCUAGUUCAAUGUUACACUCACAGGACAACAUCAUCUCCAAAAGGCAGAGAUGAAUUUCUGAUGCACUUCAAACUGGAUCUCUUCUCGCCUCUCUCGCCUCCUGGUGCCCUUGGUUUAUUGAUUCCAACUUAUAUUCUGGUGUAAAAUUAAGUUAGGGUCAAACACACCGUAGCACCAAGUUAGACACCCAAUCAAAGGAUGAAUGUUGCCAACUGCUUGCUUCUCUAGUUAUACCAACUUUAGUAACGACCGCAGAUAGCAAUACAGAGAGCCACGCGCUCAACCAAAACGCCACUCUAUAGCCACAAAUAAUACUCAGAACAGCACCUAACUUCAUCAAAAGUACAUAUAGGGUCCCAGCCAUAGCACUAACCACCAAACACCUAUUUAACCUUGCUAAUUUCUUUAACAAAGAGACUAUCAUUACAUAAUCAUUUCCUUGAAGUAAUAAUCACCAUAUUAAUCAUUUUGCACUCAGACACAGUAGUUCUUCUGCCUUAGCGUCUCGGUCUGAUUGCAUUUCCAUAAAGUCAUAAUCAUAAAUGCUCUUCAUUGAGCUGUGUCACCACACUGCAGUCGAUAGACUUGCCCAGAGGUCUCUGUACAAAUAAGCAGCUGCUGAAAGAGAGAGUAGGUAAGUUGUGGUUAGUCUCUUUGUUAAAGAAAUCAGGCAAAGUUAAAAAGAUGUUUGGUGGCUAGUGCUGUGGCUGGGACUCUAUGUGUACUGUUGAUGAAGUUAGGUGCUGUUCUGAGCAUUAUUUGUAGCUAUAGAGUGGCAUUUUGGUUGAGCGUGUGGCUCUCUGUAUUGCUAUGUGCGGUUGUUACUUAAGUUAGUAUAACUAGAGAAGCAAGCGGUCGGCAACAUUCAUCUCUCGACGAGGUGUCUCACUCUGUGUUACGGUGUGUUUGCGGCAUGAAUUAAUUUUAUGCCGGAAUAUCCCUUUAAGUUUGAAAUGCAUGUUUUUGAGCAUAGACCUGAAUGUUUUUAUAGUCUAUAUUGGCCACCUUUGCUUCAGCCGGUCUCCUCGUUGGACCAUCUGUGUCUGUCAGACGUUGUUGCAGCUGUGUCAACUUGUUCCUAGAUCUGGAAGUGGCUUGUUGAUGUAUGAAAUUACAGCAAACAACCCCCAUGUUGUGGUUUACCAAAAGAGAUGAAGUAAAAAGAUAACACAGUUGCUCACAAUUGGAUUACAAGACUGAAACUGCAUUAGGUCUAAAUGAAGGACAGCACAGACUGCUGACAUGUGACUCAUACGCAGGUUGGUAAAAGGGCUUCAUUGGUAUGAAAGAGCCAUUGAGAGGGCCUCAUGUCCUGUAAAGAAUAAAGGGUCACAUGAUUCACUCUGGAAAUGAAAACUUAGACCAAGUUUGAAAUCUGAAGGUAGAUAUAGACCUAUUGUCACACUCACCUGCUCUCGACCCUUUCAUCCUCUUUAUCCUCCUCCUCUUCCUCACUCCUUCCUCGGCUUUAGGUAAGCAUUGCCUCUCAGAUCUCUGCUGCUCUCCAAACAGCCACAAAGAAAAUCCCCCCUCCUGAUCCCUCUGCCUACCUCUGUUCUUCAGCUACGUGACCUUUUGCACCCAGGCUCCACAGAUCUGUCCGAAACUAUUUCUUAGCUGUCAAUAUUUCUAUCAUCCUUUGUUUAGUCUGCACGGCAUGAGGGACCGACUCUGGGAUUACAGAUAACACUAAGAGACAAGCUCCUGUGCUGUCUUGCCCAAGCAUUAGACAUUCAAGGAUUGGAUUUAUUUGUCCUAACUUGCAUGUCAGUGUCUCAAGAGAGGCGAUCUGCUGAUCAGGUAAUUGUUGUGCAUUCUUGUCCCAGUAUCUGAUUCAACUAUCACAUCUUUUAGGGUGAGCUACGCCCUGCUUUCUGUCCCAAUCAGAGCCUAAAUUAAGCUGGCAGGGAAGAAAGACAGAGGGAAAAUAGAGAGAUACACUCCCAUUUCAUCUCCAAGUCCCCGGGACAACAGCCUAUCAGAUUUAUCCCCCUUGUUCGUUCAUCCUUCUGUUGUUUAUCUGCGAACAAAAGCGCUUGAAAGAAAGAUAAGGGAGAUGGGACUUUGAUGGAAAUGCCAGGAGCUUAGAGUCUAUUAUGGAAACAGUCUCCUUGAUGUGGCAUUCUGUUCGUACUAACCUCUUGCCGUCUGUGUGACUUGUCUCUCAACACAAACUCAAAGCCACACGAUCACACAAAAGGGUCAGUACAUUGGUGCUACAAUCAGCAGUCAGGGAAAACACAGGGAUACCGGCUCUUUCAUGGGUAGUGUGGUGGACUCCGGGUAAACACCAGGUGCUCUCAUAGACUUCAGAGUUACUAUCAAUGCAGGGCAGCCAUGCUUUAGGUUAGAUAAGAUGGUAACUGUAUGAGACUCAGGUGUUGGUUUUUAAAGAGCUAUGUAAACAAAUUUUACUAUUACUUUGUUUCCUUAAAAAGCUCUUUUUUAAAGGCAUGGUUGACGAUUUGAGAAGUAGUUGAAAAAAACUGAGCCGUUGAGGUAGAUUUGAGAAAAGCGUCCCACCCCCCCACACACAAACCUCUCCUCUCUGUGCUCCACGAUAACUCCCCCCAAAACCUGUAUUGCCGUGCCCAUGACACAACCCCUCUGGCAGAGCAAGAAGCCAACCGGCAAAAAUUACCUGCUCAACAAAAACUCUGCUGUCUCUGCGUCUGUUUUCAGGAUGACCCGAUGUUUAUUCAAGUUAGAUUCUUCGCUUGGUCACAUUUCCCAUUUGACCCUGCCUUUUCUUCUGUCGGCUUGCGUUUUCUUCCCACUUUUGGCAGUGGGGCAAGAAGUGUUUUUUUUUUUUCGUCCUUCUUCAUCACAGCUCGUAUUGCUAAGCUGCUACGCUACUUUUAGCCGCUCAGAGCUCCGAGGAGAGCUGGUAGAGUGGGAGGGGACGAGUUGGAACUACGGGAGGUGAUUGGAUGGAGAGGCGGAGCAGGAGAUUGACCAAUAGGAGCUGUCCGGGAUGGAUGGCUCCCAUUGGUUGAUGUUUUUGCAGCCCUGCAGCUGCUAGGGUGAACAGAUUUUUUCCAUUCUUUUUUUUCUUCGCUUUGUAGAGAUCGCACUAUAGGACCAUGAUCGCCAUAUAAAUGAGGUUCAUAAUAAUUACCAAUAUCCCAAUCGUCAACCAUGCCUUUAAAGAGGAUUAAGACACAUUUAAUUUAUCAUCUUUCAACUUCUACAAUAAAUGAAUACAUGAUUAGUCAUCUGUGGCAAGUUGAAGAGUCCUGACCUGGUCUUUUGUGCAUGCAUCUGUGUGUGUGAGUGUGAGAAUGCUGUAUGUGUUGAAUGGGGUUUGGUAUUUGUAUUUAUUUUAUUUCAUUGUUUUUAAUAUCCUGCUUGAAUGGACAGCACUUUGUGCUACAUUAUAUGUAUAAGAAGUGCUUUACAAAUAAAGUUUGAUUGAUUGAUUAAACACAUGAGCAGGAAGUAAACAUACUCUAUUCUGUUUUUAUUCACUGUGCUAUGAGGUCUUUCAGGCUUUGGACUCUGGUGAAACAACACUUCAUGCAUGGAGACUGAGCCUUCCUUAUACAAACAACCACAUAAACAAACAGGAAUUUUCAUACCAAACCUGCACAAGGUGCAUUUGCUAAAGAGCAGAACAUUUUAGAAAUCAAACACCUGCUGCAGGGAGAAGGGAAAUGUGUCUGCAGUGGUAAUGUAGAAGUCAGUAUUUAUGAUGGUGGCGGAUUAUCGACAGUGUAGUGAAAGAAAAUAAAUGUGUAAGUAGUUAGAUCUGUUCCUCUAGCUUUCAUAAAUUGCCCCAACAAUGUAAAUCAUCGGAAAAUUCACUAAAGAUUUUGUCAUUAAACUCUUCGAUAAACCUCCACUUUGAAAAGCACCGUUCAUUACGCUUCUACUUCUCACAGCUUUGCGUUUGUUUGCGAUACAGCCAUUACGAGCUGAAUGCUGAUGUCAUUGUCAGCAGUUUCUUUAUUGCUUUGAGGUUUUUUUUUCCUGCUUACGCUCCAAUGAUAUCAAUCUCUGUUUGCUUUGUUGUUUUCCAUUUACAUUCCAUUUCCCCCGAAACCAAAUGUUUGCUCUCGCCCAGCAUGUUUGCCGCACUUUAGAUGACUCUGUUUGUCACUGGAGUAGAGUGCCGUUUAAACUUUGAUGGCCCCGAAAAAUGUUCCCCACAAUGGGUUCAAAGCCUCAAUGGUGUCUCAAACUUUUCCAUUUGUAGUUGGAGUUAAUUUCCAUGGUAACUCGUUCCACACUGGGCGACUCCUCUACUUGGUCAUAUUAAUACAGAAACACUAUUUUCCGAUUCUGUGGCAUGUUGUGAUCCUGAAGAAGAGACAAAGAAAUAGCAGCGCACCAGAACUGUUCCCUCUCAGUAUGGAUAUUAUUAAACUUUACUGUCUACAGCUGUUGGCAUGAUGGAGUCAGCAUGUUUUUAGUGCUGAUUCUGCAGUAUAGUGAAACUCAGCUCAACAUACCUCAACCAUUCAAUUUCGUUUGUUUUCCUGUGCAACAUUUUAAGAAAGUCUCAGAUAGUUUUUUGUUUUUUUUAUCUACACCAAAUUGAAGACCAUAGAUUGCUCAAAGGUAAUCAUCAGUUGUGGGGCGCACAACACUGAGCAUAAGGUUCAGCUGGACAACUUUGCAAACAUCGAAAGACUUAUUAAGGCUUUUGCAUAUGCUGUUACUACUCUCCCUUCAAUGAACACGACUUAUCUGCUGGAGAAAAGUAGAUCAAAUAUUAUUGCAACUCCCAAGUGGAAAGAGUUAAUACAGUUCCUGGUGGAAAAAUAACACAAGUGCCAAAAUCUUACAGCCAAAGGCCUUUGGAAGAGUUCAUGCAAACUGGAGAUCUACUGAAUCAAUGAAUCAUGGAGUCUAACACCAUAUUUAAAUCUUCAGAUCAAGUCCCGGUCAGUUCAAAUAAGGUCUGGUUAAUGAUAACAUUCAUCUCCUUUUUAAUAAAUAAAUACAGAUUCAAGUGCUUCGUCAAAUAUGAAGCUCAGCGGUUUGGAGAUUUGAUGCAGACCACGAUGUUUGACAGCUCCUGACAUCUUUAAUACAUCAGUGCUUUUCCUAAAACAACACAGCUCAUCGUUUUGCAACCGACUUAUAAAUUUCAAAGCUUCUACCUCUUGAUUUGAACAAGCAGACUUUUAAAAGGAGUUCAUGCUCACUGCAAGACUGCAGAACCAUUACAUGGCUGAUAUGGUGAUUUUUCUCUGUGAUGAAUUAUCCAUGGUCUCAAGCAACUUUUUAAGUCUUUGCAAAUUAGACAUUUUGUAAGUGCUCUAAAUGUCUGACCCAUGAUUUAAUUUUAGUAUUUAAUGUGUGAGGGCUGCAGGCGAGGGACUUUAUGUUUUUCUGCACCUGCUGGGUCGUGUAAAAAGGGAGGAUAAUGGGGACCUGGCAUGCAUUCAUGGGCAGUACUAUUAAGUCCAUUUUAAAAAAAUAAUAGGCUUUCAAGCUCAGGUGGGUUGCAUUGUUUGAAGGAGAAAAAAGUAAGUCUUCUGUGGUCUUUCCUGCAGGUUUAAUGUGUUUUUUCAUCUAUUAUGAGCCCCAUAAUACUCUAUAGACUAAAAUGUUAAAUUCCCAGGGUUCCUUCUGUUUCCUUUCCUUAUGAGGCUGUAACACCUUACAUCACGUGUUUCUCCCUGUCUUUUCCCCCCAUACACACAAUGAUGAACCAUCAUUAUUCUUUCUCUUUAUAGUUAAAAACACUAAGGAAGCAGAAACACGUGAAGAAAAUGGUUAAUGGUGCAAAAAAGGGACACAGGAGCCCAAAGCUAACGCUCACAAAAAGUCUUAGGAAUACACUGAGACUGGCUGAGACCAACUGUAUUUUAUGGACAGAAAUUAAUGACUGGAAUGAAAUGAUUCAUUGUAGAUAUUAGAGAUUGUCUAAAGAUUCACAGUGAUAGAGUAUGUAAAUUCAGAGUGUUGCACAGACUUGAUAAAAUGGCUCGAGAUGCUUAGGCUGUAUGCAACAAGCUAAAAAUAGCCUCACUGUAAAUGUUAACAGUCCAAGAAAGGCGGGUAAGACAGUCGCUGGAUGCUGUGGGUGGACAAACGGGCAGGAAGGAUUUUGUAGAAGCUCAGAGGGAGACAAUGAGCCGGGCGAGCAGGGUGGUGACAGUCUGGCCUUCACAUUUUUCACCUCUAUGCAGUGCAGAAUAUCAACCCAGUGAAUAUUCUCCUCUUUAAUAGACAGUUACAGUCUCUGCUACUUCAGUACAGUGAUACAUGUAGGAGUGGGGCUGUGGACAUGCCUGUGAUGUUAAUCUAAUCCGAGCGCUGAGGGUGUGUCUAGCCAAAGCAAACCAAUAAUUAGGGAUGAGAAGUGGGUGCACGUGGGCCACUUGAAUGGGUAAUUCUGAAAGCGUGGUUGGCAUGACUGGGCUAAUUGGGUAAGGGAGUGCUAGGUAGGCACCUCAGUACAUUAUCUCAAUCACCAUGGGAACUAGAUAAGGAUAAUUAGCCGGACAGCAUGGUGUGGCGCAGCAGCAGCCGCAGCUGCAGCCGCAGUUAUAAGCUUGAGGAGACGGAUUAGAGAUGCACACAGUGAUGAAACUAAUAGAAUUGGAUUUUUCCCAAAAAGUGUAAAAGAUUUAGGAAGUCAUUUACAGUUAAGUGGCAUCAAUAUUAACGCCAUUCUUCUUAUCUUUGCUACCGGCUGGUGCUCGUUGCCUUCUCUCUUUCUUUUUUCUAACACAUUUUUUGUUCCUCAGUUUUUUCUCAGCGCUCGCUUUAAUGAGAAUAAUAAAAUCAUUGUCCUGCUGAGAAGUUAUCGCUUCUUUUUUUUGUCUCUUUCUCCAUCUCUCUACUUUCUGCAACCCUCCUCAACUCUUCUUCUGCAGUAAAUCUGAACCAGUUUCUGCCUGGACUUCCUCUUGUCUCGCCUCAGUCUUAACACACUGAAAGAAGCAGCAGAAAAGAAAUGAAAAACUGAUGUGAGGAGCCCUUAAAAGAGGGGUUGGAUUUAUUUCAGUCAACAUCAUAUUUACCAUUUUAAACUCCAAAAGGAGGUCUGACGCGGUAUGGGUUACCCACAUUCUUAGAUUGACAUUUAAACCAGCUCUGUUGCUCUUUCCUGUAAUCCCAGAGGCUUUUUUUCUGUAAAAUCCUGGGAAUGUCUCCCUACAUGUCCGAUUUGUCCUCAAUCCCACCCACCCUCCGUCUAUAUCCGGGUGGUCCAGACUAGUCGAAUUCCCAACUUUCACCUCUUUUAUUUUCAGUCCUCUGCUCCCUGCUCUUUCUCUCUCUCUCUGCAGUUUUUGUCUCUGCUCUGUGUGAGCAGAUGGCCGGGCGGGCAGAUCUGUUCUUUCUCUCCAGGACUUUGGAUCUCACACAAUAGGCCUCAGAUUGGGAGUCCAGACUCUGUUCUGCCCGGCUGGGAAGCUAAACAAAGAGAGGAAGGAGGAGAAGAAAGGAAAGAGUGGUUGGAGAGUGGUACAAGGAAGAGAAGUUACUUCAAAGAGAUUUGCAGUGUUUGCUCACGUCUUCAUGUGUUCCACUGUAGUGCAGGCGGAACAUGUGUGUACUGCAAAUAAUGAGUUUUUCUGGGGUUGUGCUGCAAAAACACAAACCCCUGUCUCCUUAGAUGUCUGAUCAGAUUAAAGGCUGCCUUGAGUUCGUGUCUGGUGAUCUACUCUCUGUUGAUAUAGAUUUGCCAAGCAUCAUUAGAUGUUUUUUAACAGCGUUGUUUAUGGCAGUAAUUGAACUUUAUUAGCCGUUCGAGCGCUAAUGCUUAAUGAUGGCAUUGUCUUAUUUCAGCCUGUUUUCUGGUUUGAUCUUGACUUGAGUAAUGCAACUAUUAUUUGAUAGAUGAGUCUAAUUUUUUCCAUGAUCACAUGUGGAGAAAUGCUGAUGACCCUCAUGAUACUAACUUUUCAUGAGGUUGACUUCUGGUGUCUCAAACUUCUAAAUAGACUGCCUCAAGAUUUUAUAUCUCCAGCAUAAAAUGAGCUGUUAAAACUUGUUGUAACACCUUUACUUUUACUGGCGAGCAUUACCUGGGCAUAGCUGUUCAAAAGUAAACCGAUCUAAACUGAUUUUGAAAACAGAUGCCCCCUGUGGCCAUUGUGAGAAGUGGCUCUGUUUUGAGCAAUGGAAAUCUAGAUAUGGGAGUCUGUAUUUGGAGUCUGGUUUGAGUUUAACCAAUCUGGUUUUUCUUUGACAAACUAUAUGAGAGUUUCUGAGCCUGUAUGGUAAAAAGGUGCAUUUUUAAAUCCAGAUCAAUCAUCCAGAUUUUGAACAAUAAGGUCCUGGAUGAAAUGGACGUGCACAUUGGUCCGAAUGUCAACAAAGCUGUAGGGGAGAGUGGGGUAAGAUGAGCCACCCCCUGUUGCUUGGAAAUGGUCAAAGAAAUUGAUCAUGUGAACAAAAUUAUCAAGACAGUUAUAUUUACACUUGUUCUGUUUGUUUGCAGGGAUGCACAACAUCUUGAAAUAUAUGCAGAUACACUAGUUAGAGACAAAACUAUGAUUACCUUGAUGUAGUGAUCCGAAAUAUGAAAAAUGGCUCAUCUUAUCCCACUCUCCCCUACUAUUCUUUAGCACACUUUCAACCGAUUCACUACACUCACACUUCUUUCUUCCCAUCCUUCUCCUGGUCUUUUACUUUCCCCGUCUCCCCCUUAUCCUUCCUUUGUUUCAGGUACUACGUGUCUGAUGGCGCUGCUGUCUGAUAAGGAGCUGACGGUGGCCAACGUGGGAGACUCUCGCGGGGUUCUGUGUGAUAAAGACGGCAACGCCAUCCCCCUAUCGCACGAUCACAAACCGUACCAGCUCAAAGAACGCAAGAGGAUCAAGAAGGCUGGUGAGGAAACAGAUGCCGUCCAGAGCAGCAGACUUUUUCUGAAAUGAGUCUGAGCUGCACAACGAAAGGAUUUAGCUAAAAAGCAGAGAUUGUUGUCAUGAAAGCAUAAAAUAAGUCCUGUCAUGAUCAAAGCUCAGCACUAUUAUCCUUUUUGUUCAGCAUAUUGGAAAAUCAGACAUCAAACCCAGUUUCUGAUAACACAAUCUGCCUCUAAAUUAGUGUGUUAUCAAAUGCUGCCAGACAUUGAACACUGUAUUGAAGGUAUAUCUCUAAGCAUAGCUCCUUGUCCUACUCGAUUUGCAUACUCUGCACUCAGAGUUUGUCAGCAGGUUGCUGUAUUAGUCAGCCAGUGUGGUCACUGUCAGGACAGCCCACUAUCUCCAUCUAAUGGUGAAGCUGGGUAACUGUUCUUAGACAGACACUGAAGAACAAUCAAGGAUAGAAACUUUCUGUCUGCACCACAGGCUCCAGAGACAGAGCUCAUGGUCUGAUUAGGUUUUAAAGCACCUCGCUGCAUACAUUUACAUGUGAAUGAGGGGAAAUCUGACUUUUUGUAACCCUUAAUCAAGUGAUUUGUGCUAGAAAACAAAAGCUGUGAGUAGAGACGACAGUGCCGACUUAAAAUGUAAUUUUGUAAACUACUCAGUGUGAAACAAGAGAAGCUCAUUGAGAGGUCAAAUAGCACAACUUAUUGUCAAUUUUUAUUUCUAAUAUUUGCUCAAUCUAGAGUUUCAGUAUUUUUAAUAAGCCACAUGAUUUGAUGAAAAUGUUUUAGCAAAGGCUUCCUCCUCCAAAAUUAAAUGAGGAUAAAUAAAGUUAAUGAUCAUCCAUCUUUCCUUGAAACAAUUUACUGUUAAUUUUUUAAUACAUCCAAAAUGUUGGUCUCUGUACAGAUUUGGUGAGUAGAUGUAUACAGACAAUAGUAAUGGAGAUCAAAUUAUUAUAUAUCACCUAUAGAGAGUAUUUUUUAAAUAAGUCACAGGUAAAUGAUGCUGUAAAAUGCUGAUAAAAAAGAACAUUUGCGAUAAUGCCCAUAAUUUUAUCUAAAAUUGUGCAACCAUAACAUAACAUGUUGAAACUCAAAAUUGUAAAUUGUUUAAAGCAUAAUGUGCGGGGUUUGAAAUUUCGCUUGAAUGCAGUGGUUACAUUUAUACCAGUGAUAACACAGUUGCAAUAAUUCUGAAAUUGAUAUUUUUAUUGUUAUAUCCUUAGUGAUCUUAGCCUGAAAGCUUCGACUCAAAUUCUCUUUUAUUCAGCUCACUUAAACUGGAGUUUGAAAGUUAGAAAUUACUGAAUAACAAGCCAAUGGUAAUGAGUGGACAAUAAAAAUAGCUGAAUGUUACCUUAAAAAGUGCCAGUUGAUGCUGUCACUAGUUUUAUAGCUGACACUAACUCGCUCCACUUGUUUUUAAAGUAAUCUGAGAAGAUCAUUCAGUCACUGCUUUUGUAGCUUUUAUGGGGAAUUUAAGAGGUCAGAGACUCUCAAACUUCUUUUAGGGAAUUUUGUUGUUUCAACAUUCUGAGAUUUAUUUGGGGGUGAAAACAACAUUUAUAACCUGAACUCUCCAGGGUCGAAGUGUAUUUUUAUUAAGCUGUUAGUGGCCUUGCUGAUUCCCUACCAUGACGUCAGCCUGACCCAGAAUGAGAGUCCUCCUCGGUCAUUUCCAGUACAAUUCCCUGGUUACAGAUCUGUCAAAGUCAAAGAGGGCAAGCAGCUGUACUUCAGGAUGUGACAGAAAUUGAAUUAUAUCCAAUACAAACAAAGUUUUUUUCCAUGAGCAUGAGUAGCAAGCAUUGAGUUGGAAUAUAAUAGAUAAUGAACAGGCACGCUGCCAGUUGGCCCUUUGGAGCUAAAAUAAUAAUUCAUUUUCAGUUUUUAAAGCUGUAACAGGGAAAACAUCUGUUCCUUGAAUUCUGUUGUCGUCUGUAUUCUUCCCCCUGUUUCCUGAAAUUCUCUCUAACACGUCUUCACUGCAUCCACCCUGUUACACCUCCCAAUCCUCUCUCCAACUCCACCCUUGAUUAAACCUUUUAUAACUAUUUCCCGCCUUUCCUCUAUAUCAGGAGGCUUCAUCAGCUUCAAUGGCUCAUGGCGCGUUCAGGGCAUCUUGGCCAUGUCCCGUUCCCUCGGCGACUACCCCCUGAAGAACCUCAACGUGGUCAUCUCUGAUCCUGACAUCAUGUCAUUUGACCUGGACAAGCUGCAGCCGCAGUUCAUGAUCCUGGCGUCGGACGGCCUGUGGGACACCUUCAGCAACGAGGAGGCGGUGCGCUUCAUCAGAGAUCGACUGGACGAGCCGCAUUUUGGCGCUAAGAGCAUCGUCCUCCAAUCCUUCUACCGUGGAUGCCCUGACAACAUCACGGUCAUGGUGGUUAAGUUCAAAGGCAGGGCCAGCGAGAAGUAGUUUGGAUCGAUGUAAGAGAAAAAAAGUUUCAGAUGAAUGGUAUAAAAGGAGAGUUAACCUUUAUUUUGAGCAAGGACUAUUUCUAUCACAGAUAUUUCCAGACAUGAGUCCUUCAACGCAUCACUACAAAAACCGUCCCCUUUUUCUUUACUUUUACUGAAAUCUAAGAAAAAUCCCUAAUUUAGGUUUAGAAAUAUUGUUCUGACACCUUAAUGCAAACUGGGUCACUGUUAUGCAAAAUAAACAGAUUCAGCUCCAUGCAGCUGUGGGUGUAUCCAUGAGUCUGCAGAUGUUUAUGUGUGAGUGUGCGUGUGUGUUUGCAUAUGUAUAUUUUUGUGGGAGUGUGUGUGUGGCGAACCAGUGUCAGAUGUCAGUCUUUUAUGUAAUGAUUUCACACUCAUGUCACAUUAAUAACCAAGUCGAUGGUCAGCCAAUUGCAAAGUGUACAAGACAGCACGGGGUUUUACUUCCACAUUAUUUCACUCCACAUUAAUGUGACCACUAACUUUAUUUUCUUCUUUUCUCUGUUACUGAAUUGAAAGUCUCCAUAGUGACUGCACGGAGGAAAUUAUGGCGACAUUUAACUUUUAUCCCCUUAAUACAUAGUGAACACGAAUAAUAAUAUGCGUAUGAUUGUUCAAAUAUCACUGGUCAUAUUGUACAGGAAGAGAAACCAUAUCACACAUUUGAGGUGGAUUCAGGUUUGAGUUGCCUUUGUUUUCUUAUUUUGAAGUUGAGUUGUUGAAUGUGUAGAAAUAGUUACCCUCUGUGCUGAUAAGAAACAUUUUCAGUUUUAAUAGUUGUCUUUUUAAAUCCCACUUUUACAUGUGCUGUUCAGCCCAAACCCAUGUUUCCUCUGAUGAAUGAGUCACAAUAGUUGAAUCAUUCAGACCCAUCUUUAAAUAGUUUCUAAAAAAAAAAGUUUAUCUCUUAAAGCAAUACCUUCUCAAGUAACGUGGCCAUAAUGUCGCUACAUGUCACAGUGACCCAUAACGCAUAUUAUUGUCUUGUUUAUCUGGUGAUAUAAUUACAUUGACUGUUACUCCAAUACAUGUUAAGAAGGUAAAGUCGAGUUUUCACCCAUAAAAACUGGCAGGUCUGUAUUAUUCAAGCUUCAUUAUUCUCUAUAAUUCUUACAUAUCAUUUCCUCCUCCUGGUUAUCAUCAUCUUCACUUAGAGAUGAAGAUUCUUGAUUCUGCCACAUCAUAUCUGCCUGACCUUUAUCACUAAAUACAACAAGCCUUUGAAUGAAGCGUUAUCGUUGCCUUAUGUUUUUAACUGUUCAUUUACUUUAAUGAAGUCUGCUGCCAAAACUACUUCUCAGUUGGAAAUGUAAUGACGUUCAAACCAUGCGCACUGCACAGCCUUGUGUCAUAUCUUAACUCACACAUUAAAAAAACAAACAAACAAAAAACAGAAACAAAGAAUUGUUUGAAUAAUGUCUCCAGGAGACGAGAAAUUGUAAGAUGAAUGUAUAUAUUUGUCCUCAUGUUGUUGACCCCCCCCCCCCCCCCUCCAAUGUUUAUACAGCCACGCCCCUCUUUAUGGAUUCUUUAUCUUCAGAGAUACAAACAAGAUUAAGGAUUUAUUUGUUUAACUUCACAUUCUUCCUCGAUUAUGUAUGUAACCGAAUGUUUGUGUGACAUUUGUACUUGUUUUGUUGACUUUAAUAAACUGUAAAAAAAAGAAAAAAGAGAUCAUUCUGAAAUUUUGAAAUGUAAAUCAAAGAGGUAACAUUAAAAUGAAAUAUGAUCAUAUUAUUUACUUUGUCUCUGGUACUUUAUUUUGUAAGACUUCCCUAUUUCCUACACUGUGCUGAUUGACUCUUAGGUUGAAUAUUUGUCAUGUCGAAAGGGACUCUAAAGCAAAUACAUGCAAAUCAAUGUUCCUAUUGAAUAUAUCAUGACCUUGUUUUUCUCCCAAGUUCACCUAAUUCUUUUUAUUUAAGCAA